AUGAAGCUUCUUCUGAUCUGUGUGCUCCUUGGAGCUGCUGGUAACAAUUAUUAUUAGUAGUAGUACUUUCCUUGUCAAUUGAAAAAAUAAUGUAAUAUUAUAUAGUAAUAUAAUAAUAUAAUAACAAUAUUGUUAUAUAUUUUUAACCAAUUUCUCCACCACAAUAGUUUGGACUUGUUUAACUCAUACUAUGCAGCUGCAGACAUGUUUAAAGGGACACUAUAGUCACCCAAACAACUUUAGCUUAAUGAAACAGUUUUGGUGUAUAGAUCAUGCCCCUGCAGUCUCAAUGCUCAAUUAUUUGCCACUUAGGAGUUAAAUCACUUUAUUUAUUAACCCUAGUCACACCUCCCUGCAUGUGACUUGCACAGCCUUCCUAAACACUUCCUGUAAACAGUCAGCUAAUGUUUAUUCUUCCUUCAUUGCAAGUUCUGUUUAAUUUAGAUUUUCUUAUCCCCUGCUAUAUUAAUAGCUUGCUAGACCCUGCAAGAGUCUCCUAUAUGUGCUUACAGUUCAAUUUACAGAGCAAGAGAUAAAAUUGUUUAAGGUAAAUUACAUCUGAUUAAAAGUGAAACCAGUUUUUUUCAUGCAGUCUGUGUCAAUCAGAGCCACGGGAGGUGUGGCAAGAGCUGCAUAAACAGAAACAAAGUGAUUUAACUCCAAAAUGGCAGUGAAUUGAGCAGUGAAACCUGAGAGGCAUGAUCUAUACACUAAAACUGCUUCAUUAAGCUAAAGUUCUUUAGAUGACUAUAGUGUACUUUUAGGUCAUGACUAUUUAUUUUUUUCAUCAUUUUCUAAUAGUAAAUAUGCUCCAUGUUGUGUAAGUUUUCUCUGCAGAUCAACUGUAUGGAUCUACUUUCAAUAAAACACAGUUUAUAGUAUUUUGUUUCAACUUUACGAUAAGUUUGCUUUUGUGUUGUCUAUGACAUCACAACUUUAUAACAACUAAUAAUGUGCUUACAAUAAAAAAAGCAAAAAAUAAAAACCUAAGUAAAUACAUAAUAAAAAUACCCCUAUUACCAUAAACACAUUUAUAUUUGAAAGGAAAUAUUAAAGAUUCUUUAAAAGUUAUAUUAUUUUUUUUAAUUAAGUCUAAUGUUUCCUAUCUUGCAAUGUUGCAAUUAAUAUAAAAAAAUAAAUAAAUAUAUAGGUACUUUUCAUUGAGCCAUAUGAAUGUCACCAUACAAUAUGUAAUUCACAAUAAGACAUGCAAUAUUUGUAGUUGACUAAAAUAUAGCAGCAAGCCCAACAACUCAUGAUUAUAGUGACACAAAAAUGUUCUUCGUCUGCCCACAGUUGCAUUUGAGGAUGAUGAUGAUAAGAUUGUAGGAGGUUACACCUGCACCAAGAACUCUGUCCCAUACAUCGUAUCCCUCAACUCUGGCUAUCACUUCUGCGGAGGUACCCUGGUUACCAGCCUGUGGGUGGUGUCUGCUGCCCAUUGCUACAAGGCGUAAGUUUCAUAUCUUUCACUUAAUUUUGAUGUAGAGGAAUGAAAUUACAAAAGAAAUUUUUUGUAGAAAUGUAUAAAUUAAUCCAUAUUCUGAAAGAAUUAAAUUCGACCAAUGUGUUGACUUUCUCUUAAAAAUGUCCUAUGUUUCCCUCAUGCAGGAGUGUUCAGGUCAGACUGGGAGAGCACAACAUUGAUGUAAGUGAGGGCACUGAGCAGUUCAUUAACUCUGCCAAGGUCAUCAGACAUCCCAGCUACAACUCCAGGACCACUGACAAUGACAUCAUGUUGAUCAAACUUGCUAGUGCCGCCACCCUCAACAGCUAUGUGAAGACUGUGUCUCUGCCCUCUGGCUGUGCUGCUGCCGGAACCAGCUGUCUAAUUUCUGGCUGGGGAAACACACUCAGCAGUGGAAGUAAGUUUAUGUUAGAAAUUGCUUUGACAAAUAGCACAUGGAAACAACUUCCAGUUUAGAGUUAAAAAAGUAAAGGGCUUAUAACUAAACAUGUCUUAUUUUACAUUUACAUCACAAAAUUUAAUAUUGCUAAAGACACAAAUGGUUAAACAUUUCAUUACUCUCUACAACUAGAAACAUAGAAACAUAGAAACAUAGAAUGUGACGGCAGAUAAGAACCAUUCGGCCCAUCUAGUCUGCCCAAUUUUCUAAGUACUUUCAUUAGUCCCUAGUCUUAUCUUAUAGUUAGGAUAGCCUUAUGCCUAUCCCACGCAUGCUUAAACUCCUUUACUGUGUUAACCUCUACCACUUCAGCUGGAAGGCUAUUCCAUGCAUCCACUACCCUCUCAGUAAAGUAAUACUUCCUGAUAUUAUUUUUAAACCUUUGUCCCUCUAAUUUAAGACUAUGUCCUCUUGUUGUGGUAGUUUUUCUUCUUUUAAAUAUAGUCUCCUCCUUUACUGUGUUGAUUCCCUUUAUAUAUUUAAAUGUUUCUAUCAUAUCCCCCCUGUCUCGUCUUUCCUCCAAGCUAUACAUGUUAAGAUCCUUUAACCUUUCCUGGUAAGUUUUAUCCCGCAAUCCAUGAACCAGUUUAGUAGCCCUUCUCUGAACCCUCUCUAAGGUAUCAAUAUCCUUCUGAAGAUACGGUCUCCAGUACUGUGUACAAUACUCCAAGUGAGGUCUCACCAGUGUUCUGUACAAUGGCAUGAGCACUUCCCUCUUUCUACUGCUAAUACCUCUCCCUAUACAACCAAGCAUUCUGUUAGCAUUUCCUGCUGCUCUAUUACAUUGUCUGCCUACCUUUAAGUCAUCUGAAAUAAUCACCCCUAAAUCCCUUUCCUCAUAUGUUGAGGUUAGGACUCUAUCAUAUAUUCUGUACUCUGCCCUUGGGUUUUUACUUCCAAGAUGCAUUAUCUUGCACUUAUCCACAUUAAAUGUCAGUUGCCACAAUUCUGACCAUUUUUCUAGUUUACCUAAAUCAUUUGUCAUUUGGCUUAUCCCUCCUGGAACAUCAACCCUGUUACAUAUCUCUAGUUAAUAUUUUAUAUACAGGAUAUAUUGUUUGAUUACAUGCUGGUCUUUCAAUGUUGUGGUCUUCAGCAAAGUUUGGUAAUGAUGUGGCAGGCAAAUAGUGAAUUAAUAAGUCAAUUGAGAUUCAGGACAACUGAAGAAUCAGAUAAAUAUUAUUUAUUAGCAAAACUUUUUAGCUCAAUACCUAACAGAGAUAACAUACUACAAUAAACUCAUAAAUAGUGAGCAUAUGCAACAGAUAAUAAUUUUAUUCCAUUUUAUUUCAGCCAAUUAUCCAAGUCUCCUUCAGUGUUUGAACGCACCCAUUCUGACAAGUUCUCAGUGUAGCAGUGCCUACCCAGGACAGAUCACCACUAACAUGAUCUGUGUUGGCUACGUUGAAGGAGGCAAGGAUUCCUGCCAGGUAAUGUAUCUUAAAAUUGCUGUUUGGUUUAAAAUGUUAUAUUUCCAGUGAGGAAGUGAAAUAAAGCUCAAAAUCCAUGGCUAUAUCUUUAAAGCUUCUAUGAUUUAAUGCAUAUUUCAACUAUAUACUUUUAAUAUUUUACAUUGUCUCUCUCCUUCCCUCAGGGUGACUCUGGUGGCCCCGUGGUCUGUAAUGGUCAGCUCCAAGGUGUUGUGUCCUGGGGAUAUGGCUGUGCUUUGAGGAACUACCCCGGAGUCUACGCCAGGGUCUGCAACUACAACUCAUGGAUCCAGAGCACCUUUGCUUCAAACUAAAACUGUUGAUUAAAUGUUUUCUACAAGACUUUAAUAAAUCUAUGAACUUUCGAACUACUUCUUGACAUCAUCAUUUAUAUAUUAAUAAAAAUACUGAGUAGGUUAGAGUAUAUCGUCAUAAUAAUGUGUGAAUGUGUUCUCUGGAUAAAAAUUCAAUUUUGCCUCUUUAUAAAUCAAUAGUGAGAUCACACCUUAAAUAUGCUGUCCAAUUUUUGGCACCUGUUCUUAAGAAGGAUAUUAUGGCACUAUAAAAAGUGCAGAGGUAGGCUGAAAAGUUAACAUUUUAGUUAUAAAUAAAGAUUAAUAUAAUUAAAUCUGUUUAGAUAAAUAGUGCCUUGGAGGGCAAAUUAUAGCAUUAUACAAAUAUAAAUUUAGGGUCAUUAGAAACCAUUGUCUUGAACUCUGUUCAUAAACAGGACUAUAUAUAGGACACAAGGUCAAACAGAAUCGAAGGAAGGAAAUUUAGUCUAAGGCAAAGAGAUGGUUUUUUUAAAGUAAGAACAACAAUGAUUUUGAAUUCUCUGCCGAAGAAUAGUCUGUAUAGAUGUCUAAACCGUAACUGGAUAAAUACUUGAAAACACCUAAUAUUCAGGGAUAUCAUUUGUGAUCAAAACAAAAUGUAAACAAAACCUUGAAUUUGCGCUAUAUGUCUGUUCAGGCAUAAUUCACCUUUUUAGUAUUAUGUACACCCACAUUUAUAAUAUAUAAUUUUUUUCAGGGGAAACAGGGCUUUCAUUUUACAUCAAAUAUUUAGGUAUGAAACAUAAUUUAAUAUGAAUAAAAUAUAAAAAAUAGGAAAAAAAUAAGAAUUUUGUAAAAUGUUUUAGUUCUAUGUGACAUUUUAACUGUGAAUGUCAUAAUACUGUUUGCUUUUACUGCAAUAAAAUACACAUAUUUGUAUUCAGUGAUGUCUCACAUGUAAAACAGUACCCCCUAUGUACAGGUUACAUGGUGUUUUGGGAAGUUACAGGGGCAAAUAUAGCAUGUUAAAUUUUUCUGUUUUUUCACAUUGAAAUUCGCCAGAUUGGUUAUGUUGCCUUUGAGACCGUAUGGUAGCCCUGGAAUGAAAAUUACCCCCUUGAUGGCAUACCAUUUGCAAUAUUAGACAACUCAAGGUGUUUCACUUUUUUAGUAGCUACUUGAUAGCAAAAACUGGCCAAAUUUGAACGCUAUUUUUGGCCAGUGUUUGUGACUAAGUGGCUACUAAAAAAGACUGGACAUACCCAAUUUGCAAUACCUUGGCUUGUCUACUAUUGCAAAUGGUAUGCCAUUGUAGGGGUAAUUUUAAUUCCUGGGCUACAAUAUGGUCUCAAAGGCAACGGGACCAAUCUGGCGAAUUUCUAUGUAAAAAAACGGAAAUGCAAGUCUUAUAUUUGACACUAUAACUUUUGAAAACACCAUAAAACCUGUACAUAAGGGGUACCGUUAUACUCGGGAGACUUCGCUGAAAACGUAUAUUAGUGUUUCAAAACAGUAAAACAUAUCACAACAAUUAUAUCAUCCGUGUAAGUGCCAUUUGUGUGUGAAAAGUGCAAGAAAUGUCACGUUCACUGAUGAUAUCAUCGUUGUAAUACCUUUUACUGUUUUGAAACACUAAUAUUUGUGUUCAGCAACGUCUUGUGAGUAAAACAGUACCCCCCAUGUACAGGUUUUAUGGUGUCUUGGAAAGUUACAGGGUUAAAUACAGUGCUAGCAAAUUAAAUUCCCGGGACUUUCGGCCUGGGUUGUUAGGCAGGUCCCGCAAAUUGUAAUUAAUAUAAUGACCCAAUUAUGUAAAAUUAUUACAUAAAUAUAUUUGUAGAAUUAUAUAUAUAAACACACUGCUCAAAAAAAUAAAGGGAGCACAAAAAUAACACAUCCUAGAACUGAAUGAAUUAAAUAUUCUUCUGAAAUACGUUGUUCUUUACAUAGUUAAAUGUGCUGACAACAAAAUCACACAAAAAAAAAAAAAAAUGGAAAUCAAAUUUUCCAACCCAUGGAGGUCUGGAUUUGGAGUCACACUCAAAAUUAAAGUGGAAAAACACACUACAGAUGGUUCAAACUUUGAUGUAAUGUCCUUAAAGUAAGUCAAACUGAGACUCAGUAGUGUGUGUGGCCUCCACGUGCCUGUAUGACCUCCCUACAACGCCUGUGCAUGCACCUGAUGAGGUGGCAGAUGGUCUCCUGAGGGAUCUCCUCCCAGACCUUGACUAAAGCAUCUGCCAACUCCUGGACAGUCUGUGGUGCAACCUGACAUUGGUGGAUGGAGUGAGACAUGAUGUCCCAGCUGUGCUCAAUUGGAUUCAGGUCUGGGGAGCAGGCGGGCCAGUCCAUUGCAUCAAUGCUUUUGUCUUUCAGGAACUGCUGACACACUCCAGCCACAUGAAGUCUAGCAUUGUCUUGCAUUAGGAGGAACCCAGGCCCAACCGCACCAGCAUAUGGUCUCACAAGGGGUCUGAGGUCAGGCUACAUCUGGCGAGCAGAUGAGGGCUGUGCGGCCCCCCAAAGAAAUGCCACUCCACACCAUUACUGACCCACUGCCAAACUGGUCAUGCUGGAGGAUGUUGCAGGCAGCAGAAUGUUCUCCACGGGGUCUCCAGACUCUGUCACGUCUGUCACAUGUGCUCAGUGUGAACCUGCUUUCAUCUGUGAAGAGCAAAGGGAGCCAGUGGCGAAUUUGCCAAUCUUGGUGUUCUCUGGCAAAUGCCAAAUGUCCUACACGGUGUUGGGCUUUAAGCACAACCCCCACUUUUGGUCGUUGGGCCCUCAUAACACCCUCAUGGAGUCUGUUUCUGACUGUUUGAGCAGACACAUGCACAUUUGUGGCCUGCUGGAGGUCAUUUUGCAGGGCUCUGGCAGUGCUCCUCCUGUUCCUCCUUGCACAAAGGCGGAAGUAUUGGUCCUGCUGCUGGGUUGUUGCCCUCCUACGGCCUCCUUCACGUCUCCUGAUGUAGUGGCCUGUCUCCUGGUAGCGCCUCCAAGUUCUGGACACUACACUGACAGACCCAGCAAACCUUCUUGCCACAGCUCGCAUUGAUGUGCCAUCCUGGAUGAGCUGCACUACCUGAGCCACUUGUGUGGGUUGUAGACUCUGUCUCAUGCUUCUACUAGAGUGAAAGCACUGCCAGCAUUCAAAAGUGACCAAAACAUCAGCCAGGAAGCAUAGGAACUGAGAAGUGGUCUGUGGUCACCACCUGCAGAACCAGUCCUUUAUUGGGGUGUCUUGCUAAUUGCCUAUAAUCUCCACCUGUUGACUAUUCCAUUUGCACAACAGCAUGUGAAAUUGAUUGUCACUCAGUGUUGCUUCCUACAUGGACAGUUUGAUUUCACAGAAGUGUGAUUGACUUGGAGUUGUUUAACUGUUCUCUUUAUUUUUUUGAGCAGUAUAUAUACAUACUUUAUUACAUAUUUAUAUGUAAUAAACCUAAUGCCCUGCACUCACUGCUCCCGGUCUUGUCUGUUGCCCAGGUGCAAACUUUGACCUCCAAAUAUAUAAAUCCUUGUUUGAAGUGCACUCACAGGACUCGGAAUUAUUUCAAAUCGUGCUGUUUAUUCAAAGCAUCAAAUUUCCAGUAAAUGGUGUCAACGUUUCAGUCCUCCAAAUAUACAUUGUGAAGAGUUGAUUGGAGGGAGAGCGGGCGAAAGCAAUGAAUCAUAUGGAAUGUGUAUCACAUGUGUAAUCAUGAAUUGCAAACAGCAAUAGCUUUUGCUAAAGUGAAUCAUUUAUUAAAUACGUAGAGUGAACUACUCAAAGCAAAUCAAAAAGAAAAAUAUAUCUAUACUUAUAUACAACAUAUUUACAACAAAAACAAUGUUAUUAACCCCAUAUAGAGUACACGUGAGGGCUCAGAGUGAUAGGUGCAGAAUGCAUGACAUGUAACAGCAUCAGGGAUAUAGCUCCAAACCAGAGUACACUAUAAUGUAACAACACAGAAUAUGACACUAGCACUAGAAAAAUGCUAGAAUUAUGCAUCAGUGUUAUGCAAUAGCGUGUAAGUUAAAAAUCCACGAUUAAUUAUAAAAAUUUAUGCUAGGCAUGCACAACAGAAUGUCGAAAAGACGAGUGUAGAAAAUUAACUUGUAGUAAGAUGGUAAAUAAUGCAACUUAUCCCAUAGAGGGCAGGCCAUUACACAUAAAAGGAUACAUGUUUCUACAGUAUUAUUCAAUUAUUAAAUAUGGAUUACAAUAAGGGUAUAUCUACUAAGUGUUAUAUAUUGUGUAGGGCAAAAUCUAUACUCUGGAUAACAUAUCAGUCAGUUGUGUAUGUGUGUAUGUGACUGUCUGCCUGUGACUGUGUAUGUUUGUUUUAAUAUGCGUGUGCAUGGAUGCAUCUUUGUGUGUGUAUAUGUGACUGUGCGUCUCUCAAUUUCUUUCCACUUUUUUUUUUGGAACAAGGCAAACAUGCAUAUUUGUUUGAGAAUAUGUCCAUAUAAAGAUUUAGAGUUAAGGGAUUUGGACAACCUGUCUAUUGCCUAAUAUUUGAAUGAACUGCUGGUCAUUGUGGAACAAGUGAACAUGUAUUUUUCCCUCUGUUCUGCAAACGUAUCGCUUUUUCUUAUAGAGGAUCCAGUCAAGAGUAUACUGAUGUGUUUUUGAUUAAAGUGAAUUAGAAAUGUUGCAAUUUGUUGUAUUUAGAGAGCAGUAUUUACUAUAUUUGUAAUCAAUAUAAAUUAUGUUAAAAUCUCCAAACAUUGACACUUUAUAUUUCUUGUAUUUAGAAAUAUGUGGGCAAUAUCUUGUGUUGGAGGAAAACGUGUGCUGUAUCUGAAAGGAAUUGUGAGAACUAGAAUUCUAGUUUAACAGAACUGUAAACUACAGGGGGCUUAACAGAAUGAAAACUAUUGCAUUUCCAUGUCUUUUUUGAUGUUCUUAUUUUCUAAGGUCCUAUGUGGAGCAUGAAUGCCAUUGGUGGUGGUAGCAGUAUGACAUAUUUUUGAAUUCUGCCAGAAGUCAGAGUAAAAAAAUAAAUGAUAGACUUGUGCACACUAACAAUAUUUUAUUUGGCUGAAUCAAUUUGCACAAAUAAAUUUUGAUUUGGAUGAGUCAAAAUUAUUCCAUGUACAAGCUUUUGAAGCUCUGUCCUUAAGGGGUUAAAUAGUCAGUGGUUUGUAACUACAUAAUGUUUACAUGUUGCUCUUUAUAGGAACACAAACUUAUAAUAUUUUUAUAUCUAAUCAGGCCUUUGGGGGUGGGCCCCUUCAAGGCCUGCAGCACUUGACAAUUCCCCCACCUGCUGGCAGUACCUUAGCCUGUCACGCACACCUAGCUUAUCAUACAUUGCAGUCACACGUGUUUCUUCUCUCAAGAACACUCCUAACCCCACCAGCUAAGCUUUGUUGCAAGAAUAACAAUCUUCCCAAAAAGCAGAAGUUUAAAAGUCUUUCAUCAAAGUCUAUUAAAAAGGAAAAUAGAGAAAUAUUUAGAAAAGUAGAUUAAAGGUUAUACAAUGGCAGUCAGCAGAUCACAAGAUGAUACCAUGUGACCAACUUUAAUUAAAAACUUAUGAAAUACAGGGAAGGGGACUGGCACAGUUCCAUCCAUGAUCAUCUAAGGGGGACAUAAACAUGUUUAAUGUGGGUGGUUCAUGUCCUCCCUAUCCCCAAGACAUGGAUUAAACAGGAGGGGAGAUGACUACUGUUCCCCCCAGUCUACAACCAAUGUAGAAAAACAAAAUUUAAAUGCAGAUCAGGGACAUGCUCAUGUUUUUAGAAAUAAAUAUUUUCUAGUCAUUAUAUAUGUGCAAAUGUAUAGAAGUUAAUGCAGAUAUAACAUUUAUAAGUGAUACCACUCAUGGGACCAGGGCCGGCACUACCUGUUAGGUGGACUAGGCAGACGCCUAGGGCGCCCCUUGUGAAGGGGCGCCGUCAGGAGCGCCAGCUCCCCUCAUGCUGCAGCUGCCCCAGCGCUCUGUAGCGAGCCUCAGGCGGCUGCAGCUUUGCCCGGGUUGGUGAGUCCUUGAGGGUGCACCGCCCGGGCGCAGCAUGAGGAGAGGGGCUGACAGGAGGGAAGCGCUCAGUGCUCAGCGCUCCCUCCUGUCACUCCCUCACUGUAGCGUGGCCGAGCUCUGUAUGUUCCGCGGGUACAGGGAGCAUCUGUCUCCCUGUACCCGUGGACCAUACAGAGCUCGGCCACGCUACACCAGUGGUGGGGGGGGGAUAAAGAAAUUGGGAGGGUGGGAGGGGGAGAAAGAAAUUGGAAGGGGGAGAAGGAAAUUGGUAAGGAGAAGGAAAUUAGGAGGGGGGAAAGGAAAUUGUGAGGAGGAGGGGGGAGAAGGAAAUUGUGAGGGGGGGAGAAGAGAUAGACAUCCAUCACACACAAACAGACAAUCACACACAAUGCAUUACACACACAAUGCAUUACACACACAGACACAAGCAAUGCAACCCUUACACACAAUGCAUCUCUUACACACACAGAAACACAAUGCAUUCAUUACACACACUCAAUGCACCCCUUACACACACUCAAUGCAUCCCUUACAGACACACACAGUGCAUCCCGUACAUACACAGAAGCACACCUUGCAGCCCUUACACAUACAAACACAGAUUCACACAAUGCAUUCCUUACACACAUAUCAGGACAUCCCCUACACACUCCACCCCCUGUGAACAAACUCACUGGUGGAACGUGAAGGUGGACCCUGGGACCCAGACCUUGAGCUGUGUAAAGGGCCCCCAAAAAAUGGAGCUGCUACCCGUUCUCCCAGAACAUUGAUUUUUAUGACCAGAGUUACAAACCGCCUCCAGAGAGCCUGUUCUACACCAGACCAGUGGAGCCAGACUGCAGCUAGAGCCCAUCAUCAUCCUCAUCUGGUUGUAAGUAGGCAAUCUAAUAUAUUAUUCAUGGCACUAAUCUCUAAUUUUCCUCACAUUAAAGAAACACUACAGUCCCCAGAACCACUGCAGCUUAAUGUAGUGGUUCUGGUGUCUAUAGCCUGUCCCUGCAGGCCUUUUAAUGUAAAUACGGCGGCACUGCAGCACUGGCGUUAGUUAACAUGGCAGAUCAUAUGGGUGGGGCAUUGUGAUGUCACAUGGGGGGUGUGGUGGAAAACUUUACUUUUGCCUAGGGCGGCAAAAAUCCUUGCACCGGCCCUGUAUGGGACUAAUGGUCUGGUAAAAUAUUUGUUCAGUGCAGUGUUACAAUAUUCAUCUUGAUCUUACAGAUAGAUAGAAAUGUUCUCCAAGUAGAGAUUAGAAAUUGGGUAAAGUUUGCCCAGUAGACAAGUAAUGUGCUGUAUCUAUACAGAUACUACAGAUAACAUCUCUCCAAAGAGGAGUAAACCUGUUCUGACCUAUCUGAAGUAUGAAACAAGUGGGGUACAAUUUGUUCUUCUUCUCUUAAGUAUUUAACAGCAAUUAAUCCCAAACAAUCUCCAUUCCAUUUUGGAAAAUCUGAAAUAUCCUGCUAGAUGGUACAAGCUCUCUAUUUUUAUUUUCCUUUUUAGUUUGUUUUAAUAGAAAAGAUUAAGUAGACAAAAAAAAGCACAAGCAGAACAUAUUGACUGUAUUGGAAAAAGUUUAAAUUCAAGGUUAUUGAUAAUAAGGUACUUACUUAUAAUUCUGGUACACAUUAACCAGAUUGUGCAGUAGUUACAUAAUAUGAUAACAUUCUAUGUGGGCAGGCGUAACUCUGGUUAAAAAUAUAUAAAUACUGACUUAAUUUUACCCCAAAACACCCCACAGGCAUACCUCCAGCAUGAAGCUUCUUCUGAUCUGUGUGCUCCUUGGAGCUGCUGGUAACAAUUAUUAUUAGUAGUAGUACUUUCCUUGUCAAUUGAAAAAUAAUGUAAUAUUAUAUAGUAAUAUAAUAAUAUAAUAAUAAUAUUGUUAUAUAUUUUUAACCAAUUUCUCCACCACAAUAGUUUGGACUUGUUUAACUCAUACUAUGCAGCUGCAGACAUAUUUAAAGGGACACUAUAGUCACCAAAACAACUUUAGCUUAAUGAAACAGUUUUGGUGUAUAGAUCAUGCCCCUGCAGUCUCAAUGCUCAAUUAUCUGCCACUUAGGAGUUAAAUCACUUUAUUUAUUAACCCUAGUCAUACCUCCCUGCAUGUGACUUGCACAGCCUUCCUAAACACUUCCUGUAAACAGUAAGCUAAUGUUUAUUCUUCCUUCAUUGCAAGUUCUGUUUAAUUUAGAUUUUCUUAUCCCCUGCUAUAUUAAUAGCUUGCUAGGCCCUGCAAGAGUCUCCUAUAUGUGCUUACAGUUCAAUUUACAGAACAAGAGAUAAAAUUGUUUAAGGUAAAUUACAUCUGAUUGAAAGUGAAACCAGUUUUUUUCAUGCAGGCUGUGUCAAUCAGAGCCACGGGAGGUGUGGCAAGAGCUGCAUAAACAGAAACAAAGUGAUUUAACUCCUAAAUGGCAGUGAAUUGAGCAGUGAAACCCGAGAGGCAUGAUCUCUACACUAAAACUGCUUCAUUAAGCUAAAGUUCUUUAGAUGACUAUGGUGUACUUUUAGGUCAUGACUUUUAUUUUUUUUCAUCAUUUUCUAAUAGUAAAUAUGCUCCAUGUUGUGUAAGUUUUCUCUGCAGAUCAACUGUAUGGAUCUACUUUCAAUAAAACACAGUUUAUAGUAUUUUGUUUCAACUUUACGAUAAGUUUGCUUUUGUGUUGUCUAUGACAUCACAACUUUAUAACAACUAAUAAUGUGCUUAAAAUAAAAAAAAGCAAAAAAUAAAAACCUAAGUAAAUACAUAAUAAAAAUACCCACUAUUGCCAUAAACACAUUUGUAUUUGAAAGGAAAUAUUAAAGAUUCUUUAUAUGUUAUAUUAUUUUUUUAAUUAUGUCUAAUGUUUCCUAUCUUGGAAUGUUGCAAUUAUUAUAAAAUAAAAAAUAUAUAAGUACUUUUCUUUGAGCCGUAUGAAUGUCACCAUACAAUAUGUAAUUCACAAUAAGACAUGCAAUAUUUGUAGUUGACUAAAAUAUAGCAGCAAGCCCAACAACUCAUGAUUAUAGUAUUAUAGUGACACAAAAAUGUUCUUUGUCUGCCCACAGUUGCAUUUGAGGAUGAUGAUGAUAAGAUUGUAGGAGGUUACACCUGCACCAAGAACUCCGUCCCAUACAUCGUAUCCCUCAACUCUGGCUAUCACUUCUGCGGAGGUACCCUGGUUACCAGCCUGUGGGUGGUGUCUGCUGCCCAUUGCUACAAGGCGUAAGUUUCAUAUCUUUCACUUAAUUUUGAUGUAGAGGAAUGAAAUUACAAAAGAAAAUUUUUGUAGAAAUUUAUAAAUUAAUCCAUAUUCUGAAAGAAUUAAAUUCGACCAAUGUGUUGACUUUCUCUUAAAAAUGUCCUAUGUUUCCCUCAUGCAGGAGUGUUCAGGUCAGACUGGGAGAGCACAACAUCGAUGUAAGUGAGGGCACUGAGCAGUUCAUUAACUCUGCCAAGGUCAUCAGACACCCCAGCUACAACUCCAGGACCACCGAUAAUGACAUUAUGUUGAUCAAACUUGCUAGUGCCGCCACCCUCAACAGCUAUGUGAAGACUGUGUCUCUGCCCUCUGGCUGUGCUGCUGCCGGAACCAGCUGUCUGAUUUCUGGCUGGGGAAACACACUCAGCAGUGGAAGUAAGUUUAUGUUAGAAAUUGCUUUGACAAAUAGCACAUGGAAACAACUUCCAGUUUAGAGUUAAAAAAGUAAAGGGCUUAUAACUAAACAUGUCUUAUUUUACAUUUACAUCACAAAAUUUAAUAUUGCUAAAGACACAAAUGAUUAAACAUUUCAUUACUCUCAACAACUAGUUAAUAUUUUAUAUACAGGAUAUAUUGUUUGAUUACAUGCUGGUCUUUCAAUGUUGAGGUCUUCAGCAAAGUUUGGCAUGGAUGUGGCAGGCAAAUAGUGAAUUAAUAAGUCAAUUGAGAUUCAGGACAACUGAAGAAUCAGAUAAAUAGUAUUUAUUAGCAAAACUUUUUAGCUCAAUACCUAACAGCGAUAACAUACUACAAUAAACUCAUAAAUAGUGUGCAUAUGUAACAGAUAAUAAUUGUAUUCCAUUUUAUUUCAGCCAAUUAUCCAAGUCUCCUUCAGUGUUUGAACGCACCCAUCCUGACAAGUUCUCAGUGUAGCAGUGCCUACCCAGGACAGAUCACUACUAACAUGAUCUGUGUUGGCUACGUUGAAGGAGGCAAGGAUUCCUGCCAGGUAAUGUAUCUUAAAAUUGCUGUUUGGUUUAAAAUGUUAUAUUUCCAGUGAGGAAGUGAAAUAAAGCUCAAAAUCCAUGGCUAUAUCUUUAAAGCUUCUAUGAUUUAAUGCAUAUUUCAACUAUAUACUUUUAAUAUUUUACAUUCUCUCUCUCCUUCCCUCAGGGUGACUCUGGUGGCCCCGUGGUCUGUAAUGGUCAGCUCCAAGGUGUUGUGUCCUGGGGAUAUGGCUGUGCUUUGAGGAACUACCCAGGAGUCUACGCCAGGGUCUGCAACUACAACUCAUGGAUCCAGAGCACCUUUGCUUCAAACUAAAACUGUUCAUUAAAUGUUUUGUACAAGACUGUAAUAAAUGUAUGAACUUUCGAACUACUUCUUGGCAUCAUCAUUUAUAUAUUAAUAAAAAUACUGAGUAGGUUAGAGCAUAUUGUCAUAAUAAUGUGUGAAUGUGUUCUCUGGAUAAAAAUUCAAUUUUGCCUCUUUAUAAAUGAAUAGUGAGAUCACACCUUAAAUAUGCUGUCCAAUUUUUUGCACCUGCUCUUAAGAAGGAUAUUAUGGCAUUUAACAUUUAACAUUUUAGUUAUAAAUAAAGAUUAAUAAAAUUAAAUCUGUUUAGAUAAAUAGUGCCUUAGAGGGCAAAUGAUAGCAUUAUACAAAUAUAAAUUUAGGGUCAUUAGAAACCACUGUCUUGAACUCUGUUCAUAAACAGGACUAUAGGACAAUAUAUAGGACACAAGGUCAAACAGUUAGAAUCGAAGGAAGGAAAUUUAGUCUAAGGCAAAGAGAUGGGUUUUUUAAAGUAAGAAUGUGACGAGACCAAUCUCGCCACAUUGCAUUGGAGAAGCCUGGUUGCUCGCCUGUUGCCUUUGGAUUAUGGCCCCAUGUUAAAAGGCUUGAUUUUCCCCUGUAAAGACAUGAAAGCCGGGUCAUUUGGUGCUUGCCCUAUUUGAGCGGUGAUAACCCAGAUAGCUAUGCCAUGGAGCCCAUUCGUAUAAUGAAAGACUAUGGGAAAGACUUUGGCUCCAUGGCAAUUGAACUGUAUGUGUGUGCUCUGAGCGCCAUUCAGUAAUAAUGUGCGCUCAGUUCUGAGCUAUCUGGGGAUAUGUUGAAUGUACCUGUUUUGUACAAUGGCUGCACAGUUAUAUGUUUUUAUGUGUUUUAUUGUCUUUUGCUGCAAUGUGUUCAGUGGAGUUUUGCCUCUGUCCUGGGAGAUAAUUGGAUUACUUCACAAUUAUCUCCAGGAUAGAAGACUCUGUGGAACUGGUUUUGGGCAGAAAAGUCAUGCUUCCUUUGGUCUCAAAGGACUUAGAUCUAUCUUUUGAACCACUGGACCAAUUUGUAUGAUUUUGACGUAUGUUUGUAUUUGGAGUAUGCUGAUUCUGAAAAUUUAAUUUUAUGUGAAUGUGAUGCAUACUUUUCAAGUUAUGAAUAAUGUGGAAAAAUUGUAUUUCUCUGCUUGUGAUAAUUACAUUACCCAUUGUGUAAGGUAAUUAAAUCACAGGCAGGGAGGGGGGAUUUUGUGUGGGAUUGUCUGAGUGUAUGGUAUGUGUUUAUUGGUUGUGUUCCAAAACCCUGUGGGUGGUACUAAUGUGUAAGAAUGUGUAUAUAAGCACAAUAAACCCACAGCUCUGUCUGUUCACUGCUUGACCCUCAACACGCAGCUUUGUCUCGUUCUUGGGGCGAUUUACUGUAUGCUGUUAGAGACUGAUUGCCAGGAGUGUAAGCCGCUCGGGUGCUUUUCCUGUUCAGCUGCUAGCAGCUAUUCGUGAGGUUCCAGUUCGGGAAUUUGGAGUGCUACUUGGUAUCCUGUUCGGGAGUUUGGGGUUCUGCAGUAGCUGUGUCUGUGUCUCUGGAAGGGAAGAUCUACUAAACGGCGGUUUAACCCUUUUAUGCCUGGGGGUGCCGUUACAAAGAACAACAAUGAUUUUGAAUUCUCUGCUGAAGAAUAUGUUUUGUCAAAUAGUCUGUAUAGAUGUCUAAACAGUAACUGGAUAAAUACUUGAAAACACCUAAUAUUCAGGGAUAUCAUUUGUGAUCAAAACAAAAUGUAAACAAAACCUUGAAUUUGCGCUAUAUGUCUGUUAAGGCAUAAUUCACCUUUUUCAUAUUUUGUACACCCACACUUAUAAUAUAUAAUUUUUUUCAGGGGAAACAGGGCUUUCAUUUUACAUAAAAUAUUUAGGUAUGAAACAUAAUUUAAUACGAAUAAAAUAUAAACAAUGGGAGAAAAUAAGAAUUUUGUAAAAUUUUUUAGUUCUACAUGACAUUUUAAAUGUGAAUGUCAUAAUACUGUUUGCUUUUACUGCAAUAAAAUACACAUAUUUGUAUUGAUGUCUCACAUGUAAAACAGUACCCCCUAUGUACAGGUUACAUGGUGUUUUGAGAAGUUACAGGGGCAAAUAUAGCAUGUUACAUUUUUACAUUUUUCACAUUGAAAUUCGCCAGAUUGGUUACGUUGCCUUUGAGACCGUAUGGUAGCCCAGGAAUGAAAAUAACUCCUUGAUGGCAUGCCAUUUGCGAUAGUAGACAACCCAAGGUGUUGCACAUGGGGUAUGUCCAGUCAUUUUUCGUAGCUACUUCAUAGCAAAAACUGACCUAAUUUAGUGGUCAUAUUUGUUUGUGUGUAAAAAAAAUGCAAAAAACUAAUUUGAACGCUAUUUUUGGUCAGUGUUUGUGACUAAGUGGAUACUAAAAAAGGCUUGUCUACUAUUGCAAAUGGUAUGCCAUUAUGGGGGUAAUUUUCAUUCCUAGGCUACAAUAUGGUCUCAAUGGCAACGUGACCAAUCUGGUGAAUUUUUAUGUAAAAAAACAGAAAUGCAAGUCUUAUAUUUGACACUGUAACUUUUGAAAACAGCAUAAAACCUGUACAUAAGGGGUACCGUUAUACUUGGGAGACUUCGCUGAAAACAUAUAUUAGUGUUUUAAAACAGAAAAACAUAUCACAACAAUUAUAUCAUCCGUGUAAGUGCCAUUUGUUUGUGAAAAGUGCAAGAAAUGUCACGUUCACUGACGAUAACAUCGUUGUAAUACAUUUUACUGUUUUGAUACACUAAAAUUUGAGUUCAGCAAAGUCUUCUGAGUAAAACAGUACCCCCCAUGUACAGGGUUUAUGGAGUCUUGGAAAGUUACAUGGAUAAAUAUAGUGCUAGCAAAUUAAAUUCCCGGGACUUUAGGCCGGGGUUGUUAGGCAGGUCCCGCAAAUUGUAAUUAAAAUAAUGACCUAAUUAUGUAAAAUUAUUACAUAAAUAUAUUCGUAGAAUUAUUAUAUAUAAACACACACACAUAUAUAUAUAUAUAUAUAUAUAUAUAUAUAUACACACACAUAUACAUUGCUCAAAAAAAUAAAGGGAGCACAAAAAUAACACAUCCUAGAUCUGAAAGAAUUAAAUAUGCUUCUGAAAUACGUUGUUCUUUACAUAGUUAAAUGUGCUGACAACAAAAUCACACAAAAAUAAAAAAAUGGAAAUCAAAUUUUCCGACCCAUGGAGGUCUGGAUUUGGAGUCACACUCAAAAUUAAAGUGGAAAAACACACUACAGGUGGAUCAAACUUUGAUGUAAUGUCCUUAAAGUAAGUCAAACUGAGGCUCAGUAGUGUGUGUGGCCUCCACGUGCCUGAUGAGGUGGUGGAUGGUUUCCUGAAGGAUCUCCUCCCAGACCUUAUCUAAAGCAUCCUGGACAGUCUGUGGUGCAACCUGACAUUGGUGGAUGGAGUGAGACAUGAUGUCCCAGAUGUGCUCAAUUGGGGAAAAGGCAGGCCAGUCCAUUGCAUCAAUGCUUUCGUCUUUCAGGAACUGGUGACACACUCCAGCCACAUGAGGUCUAGCAUUGUCUUGCAUUAGGAGGAACCCAGGCCCAACCCCACCAGCAUAUGGUCUUACAAGGGGUCUGAGGUCAGGCUACCUCUGGCGAGCACAUGAGGGCUGUGCGGCCCCCCAAAGAAAUGCCACUCCACACCAUUACUGACCCACUGCCAAACCGGUCAUGCUGGAGGAUGUUGCGGGCAGCAGAAUGUUCUCCACGGCGUCUCCAGACUCUGUCACGUCUGUCACAUGUGCUCAGUGUGAACCUGUUUUCAUCUGUGAAGAGCAAAGGGAGCCAGUGGCGAAUUUGCCAAUCUUGGUGUUCUCUGGCAAAUGCCAAAUGUCCUACACGGUGUUGGGCUUUAAGCACAACCCCCACCUGUGGACGUUGGGCCCUCAUAACACCCUCAUGGAGUCUGUUUCUGACCGUUUGAGCAGACACAUGCACAUUUGUGGCCUGCUGGAGGUCAUUUUGCAGGGCUCUGGCAGUGCUCCUCCUGUUCCUCCUUGCACAAAGGCGGAAGUAUUGGUCCUGCUGCUGGGUUGUUGCCCUCCUAUGGCCUCCUCCACGUCUCCUGAUGUACUGGCCUGUCUCCUGGUAGCGCCUCCAUGCUCUGGACACUACGCUGACAGACACAGCAAACCUUCUUUCUACAGCUCGCAUUGAUGUGCCAUCCUGGAUGAGCUGCACUACCUGAGCCACUUGUGUGGGUUGUAGACUCUGUCUCAUGCUACCACUAGAGUGAAAGCACUGCCAGCAUUCAAAAGUGACCAAAACAUCAGCCAGGAAGCAUAGGAACUGAGAAGUGGUCUGUGGUCACCACCUGCAGAACCAGUCCUUUAUUGGGGUGUCUUGCUAAUUGCCUAUAAUCUCCACCUGUUGUCUAUCCCAUUUGCACAACAGCAUGUGAAAUUGAUUGUCACUCAGUGUUACUUCCUACAUGGACAGUUUGAUUUCACAGAAGUGUGAUUGACUUGGAGUUGUUUAACCCCUUAAGGACACAUGACGGAAAUAUUCCGUCAUGAUACCCUUUUAUUCCAGAAGUUGUGUCCUUAAGAGGUUAACUGUUCUCUUUAUUUUUUUGAGCAGUAUAUAUAUGCAUAAAUAUAUAUAUAUAUAUAUAUAUAUAUAUAAUAAAUGUAAUGCCCCCCACUCACUGCUCCCAGACACACACACACAGUCAGGCACACACACACAGUCAGACACAAACACACACACACACACAGUCAGACACAAACACACACACACAGACACACACACACAGUCAGACACAAACACACACACACAGUCAGGCACACACACACAAACACACACACACGCACACAGUCAGACACAAACACACACAGUCAGACACACACACAUACACAGUCAGACACAAACACACAUACACACACACACAGUCAGACACAAACACACUCACACAGUCAGACACACACACAAACACACACACACACACACACACAGUCAGACACACACACAAACACACACACACAGUCACACACAAACACACAAUCACACAAAUACACACACUCACACAGUCAGACACACACACACAGUCAGCCACAAACACACAGACACAAACACACACACACACACACAGUCAGACACACACACACAAUCACUCACAUUAACACUUUUUUUUUUUUUAUUUAACCCCCCCUGCCUCCUUACCUUUGGGAGUGCUGGGGGGGGUUCCUCUUUCUCCUUGGUGGUCCAUUGGCUGCCGGUCGGGCUGAUGGGCUGGCUGCUGGACGGGUGUCUGGCGAGGGAGCACUUCCUCUGAGCGGUCUGCUCAGCUCCCUCGCGCGCCUCAGAGUGAGGCUGGGAGCCGGAAUAUGACAUCAUCAACACGCCCAGCAACCAGCGUUUUUUGCCGCCCCCUGAAAAAUGCCGCCCAAGGCAAAUGCCUUGUUUGCCUCGCGGCUAAUAUGUCACUGCAUACAUCGUAUCCCUCAACUCUGGCUAUCACUUCUGUGGAGGUACCCUGGUUACCAGCCUAUGGGUGGUGUCUGCUGCCCAUUGCUACAAGGCUUAAGUUUCAUAUCUUUCACUUAAUUUUGAUAUAGAGGAAUGAAAUUACAAAAGAAAAUUUUUGUAGAAAUGUAUAAAUUAAUCCAUAUUCUGAAAGAAUUAAAUUCGACCAAUGUGUUGACUCUCUCUUAAAAAUGUCCUAUGUUUCCCUCAUGCAGGAGUGUUCAGGUCAGACUGGGAGAGCAAAACAUCGAUGUAAGUGAGGGCACUGAGCAGUUCAUUAACUCUGUCAAGUUCAUCAGACAUCACAGCUACAACUCCAGGACCACCGACAACGACAUCAUGUUGAUCAAACUUGCUAGUGCCGCCACCCUCAACAGCUAUGUGAAGACUGUGUCUCUGCCCUCUGGCUGUGCUGCUGCCGGAACCAGCUGUCUGAUUUCUGGCUGGGGAAACACACUCAGCAGUGGAAGUAAGUUUUUAUUAGAAAUGGUUUGCAUAUAGCAUAUCGAAACAAAUUAAUGCUUAGAGUAAAAAAAAAUGAAGGGCUUAUAUCUUAACAUUUCUUACUUUACAUUUAUAUUGUUAGAAAAUGAUUGAAUACUGUUAAACACACUCAAAUCAGGUGAAAGAAAAUAUCAGUAAUUUUGAAUACAUAUCUUAUUAUAUCAUUGUAUAUUGUUAAUGGAACACUCCAAUGGAAAAAAACAGAAUUCCUUUUUAUUGUGCAAAGUGUUCCUUUAACCUUAUUAAAGACACUUGCACCCCAAAACUAAAAAUAAUGACAUAUUUGUGAAUAGGCCAAGAUGAAUAUGCAGUUAACCCUCAAAGCACUUGAGCAAGUUGAGGUGUCUGAAGUAUACCUUUAUAUGUUUUUAUGAGGUGUCUGAAGUAUACCUCCGUGCAACUAUAACUUUUUUUUUCUCUUCUCUAAUUUGAUUGGCGUUACCAAGAUGCAUCGAGACAUAAAUAGAACAAAGAGAACGUCAUAAUAUUACAUCUACAUUUCAGGAUUAGGAAAAUGAAGGCUAAGAUUGAUAGUUUUUCCCCCAAACAAAAAGAGUUUUAAACCUUUGACAUAUAUUGUGUGGAAACCCAUCUCUCCAUUUUAUGGUGCUAAAAAUAAUAUGCAAUAGGGUGAAAUUGAUAAAACUCUCAACUGGUCAAAUUUGUUGAGUAGAGCUGGUAACAUGGCCUUUAGAAAUCACAACGUUAGGGAAUUUUAUAACAUGACAGGAGGCUUCGUAUUUGCAUCAACUUUCUUUACUAGCUCCAUAGCAGCAAAGAAAAAAAAAAAAAAUCAUUAAAGAAAGAACCAAUCAGAGUAGAACAGAGGAUAUAUAAGUCCCAGCGUAGCCAUCCAUUUCCUCUUUCUUUGCUGCUCCAUCACAAGUCAGGUCAGAGUACUAUUUCUUUAAGAUUCCUGUCAGGUUUCUUUUAGAUGUUAUUGAUGUUUGUUUUUCUCUGCUCAUAUAUAGUUGUAUUUUCUACUAUAUUUCUUUUAUUCUUUAUUUGCUUGGGUGCCAGGGGGACAAACUGAGAAGGUUCACCUUCCCUGUCAGGGGAGCUGCGUUCAUUUUGAUGCAGGGUACUGGGCUGAGGCUGUUCUGGUAUCUGGGAACUGCCUCUCCCAGCGCCCCCCCCCCUCCCCACUUCAGUAGGGGUGGUGUUAGGUUAGCCUGCCAGUAGGGUUUACCCCAUUAUCCUGGCUAGGGGUGAGCCCCCAUUGAGUGCUGCAUAGCGGGAACUGUCCAAGCAGCUCCCUGUGACCCUGGGUGAGCCCCAGCGAUUAGGAGUCCGGUACCACGCCACUGAGCGUUUUAACCUGAGUCCCUCCCGCACGGUCCCUCACCUCUCAUACCUAUACCUGUGCCUGUUAGUCUCUGUUGGUGCCCACAAUGGAGGACACAAUUAAUACCAGUGACCUUCAAGCAAUGAUCAACGCAGCGGUAGCUGCGUCUCUGGAGAAGGCGCUGGCAAAGGCGGCUCCUGCCCCCGCUGAAUCUAACGCGCUGUCUAACAAGCCACACCAGGCUCACGAAGACUCUGAUGAGUCAGAGGACUCCACUAGAGAAAGGAAGCGCCCGGCGAAACGCCACUGGAAGGGCGAAGGUUCCAAGAAAGCCGCCUUCAAAGGCAAGGCCCCUAUGAAGCGUGAUAAACGCACUACUCAGAUACCUCCCGUGUACACUGGGGAGGUCUCCUCAGAUGAGGAGCAAGACGUGCCCCACUCUCUCUCCAUUCUGGAUGAGUGGCAGGCUGGAUCCUCCGACUCGGACGAAGGCGGUUGGGGCUCCAACGCCUACGUCACCGAGACUUUUCUGGGUGAGCCCCAGCAGAAAGGAGAUGCGGAACCCCCCGCCACGGCCACGCAGGAACAGGAGAUAUUCCUGGACUCCACUGGCCAGAGAAUGUUUGAUCCCAGGAAGAUUCGCCACCCUCGUUCGAGUGAGUGGGCCCCUCCGGAUCAUCUCCUCUGCUUCAUGCAUUUUUGGAUCAGGAAACCUUUGGAAAAACACGUCCGCAAGAGGAUGCGGGCAGAGUGCCCGAGACCUACCCUGCCAGAUAAAGUGGCCUAUACGCCGGAAUUUGAUCAGCUUAUGCUGACCUUUAUGGAACAAGGGGGCCGCGACCCGCGGAGGGGGAUUGAGAAGAGUUUCAAAGGAGCUCAGGAUAAACUCCUAGACACAAUGGGCCCUUUGGCCCGAGUUAUGUACCUGGCAGACGAAGCAUACGCCAGAGCGGACUCCUUCACGGCAGACAUGAUACGAGAAUGGGCACAUGAUAUCCGAGAGUGGGCCCAGAGGGGCUUUUGUUUCCUCGGUAAUACAAAUGCGGCCCUCUCUACGGAGCGGCGCCGGGCAGCACUUUUUCGUAUCGACCCCAAAUUAGUUGACCUCGGGGUCAAAGAAUUGGGCCCACAGGCACAGGGCAAGCUCUUUGGUGAAGCUUUUAUGAAAGAAUUGAACAAGCACGUAAACGUCUUUACCUCCUUGAGUAGAGCCCGCACGUCUAUGCGUAAGGUAUUCCGAGGUACCUCCGCAAAGGGUGUUUUUUCAAGGGCUGGUCGGCAGCGGGGCCGUGCCGCCAGCCGUUUCUGGCCUUCAGGCCCCCGUAUGGGCUUUCAGCACCAAUUCUUCCCUCAACAAGGUUACCAAGGCAGCGGAGCCAAACAACCAUUCCCCUACUACCAGAGGGGUUCUGACAGAGGACGGGGCGGUCGAGGACGAGGCCGUGCACGAUUCCCUACAGGUAAGAGACCACCUUUGUUCGGUACCUCUUGUAACUGUGAUUGCAGGCCGUGUUUCACUUUUUUCCCAGAAUUGGGCCCUGCUGUCCACGGACGCUUGGGUGCUACAGACCGUCCAAGGAUAUCAAAUAGAACUCCGAUCACAGCCCAUUCAAAGGUUUCCCCCUUAUCCUUUGCGUCUUUCGGCUGCGGACACUCGCCUCAUACAUGGGGAACUCCGCGAGCUUCGCGUAAAGGGCGCUAUAGAACCAGCGCACACAAGGGGAGGAUUCUUCAGCAACAUGUUCCUGGUCCGCAAAAAGACCGGGGAUUUCCGGCCAGUGAUCAAUUUGAGAGGGCUAAACAUGUUCGUGACCUACCGCCACUUCAAAAUGGAGGGCAUCCAUUUAUUGCGGGAUCUCCUCCAAGAAAAGGAUUGGUUUACGCGGCUAGACCUCAAGGACGCUUAUCUCACAAUUCCAAUCCACAAAGACAGCCGCCCAUUUCUCCGCUUCCUGUGGAACGGCACACCAUGGCAAUUCACAUGCCUUCCGUUCGGACUGAGCUCAGCACCAUGGUGCUUCACAAAGAUGCUAAAACCGGUGGUUUCCCACCUCCGAACACGCGGGAUCAGAUGCAUAAUUUACCUCCACUGCAUGCAGGCCUGGAAUGGUCGGGCCAUAUUCGGCAGUCAACCGGACUUCAUCCUGGAGUCGGACGCGAGUCGCCUAGGUUGGGGCGCCACGGAUGGAGAAACGGCCACAGGGGGCACGUGGACACCACAGGAAUUGUCGAUGCAUAUCAAUUGCCUCGAACUGCUAGCGGGCGCCUUUGCUAUCCGCAGCCUCACAAAAGGGCAGUCCAAUUGCUGUAUACUGUUAAGAAUGGACAAUGUAUCCGCGGUACGAUACAUCAACCGCUUGGGGGGCACCCGGUCGAGAACCCUGGCGCAUCUGACGAAGGAAAUCUUCGACUACUGCCUCCCGCGCAAUAUCUCACUACGGGCAGAGCACCUGCCGGGGGAGACGAACCUCACGGCGGAUUGGUACUCCCUUCAUUGGAGGGAUGCCAGCGACUGGCAGCUGGAUCCGCGAAUAUUCGCACACCUACAGGACCAGAAGGGACCCUUCAUACUGGAUCUUUUUGCCUCACGAAACAACCGUCAGGUCCCGCAAUUCUACAGCUGGCUACCGGACCCGGAUUGCUUAGCGGUAGAUGCCUUCACUCAGCACUGGCCACAACAAGGGGCAUAUGCCUUUCCCCCAUUCGCCAUGAUUGCCAGAGUUCUCAAUCACCUUCGCAGACGAAGGGUUCGACUGACCCUGCUGACGCCCCUCUGGCCGAGUCAGCCUUGGUUCCCGGACCUUCUCGAAAUGUCUUAUCAGGACCCGAUCCUCCUACCGAACGACAACAUGUUACUCAGGGACCCGGCGGGGAACGCACAUCCGAUGGUGUCGGACGGCCGUCUGACCUUAGUGGCCUGGACUCUUUCAGGGGAACCUGGCGUACCGACGAGUUAUCGUCAACGGCUAAGGACCUCCUUUGGGAUUCCUGGGCCCCAGGAACACGGAGAAGCUAUCUAUCCGCAUGGAGAACUUGGACCAGUUGGUGCGUGGGAUGGGACUUGGAUCCCUUUACAGCCCCUGUUUCCGAGGUCAUGAAUUUUCUCUCGACCCUAUUCGAGGAUGGGAAGUCAUACCGCACCAUAAAUGUCACGAGGUCAGUUAUCUCGGCGGCGCACGUGCCGUCUCAAGGACGGGCAGUCGGACAGGAUCCGCUAAUAUGCCGCCUGCUGCGGGGCAUCAAACUAAGGAGACCACCAGCACCUAAAUACCAACAUCUCUGGGAUGUGGAGAUAGUCCUUCGUUUCCUCAGGAACUGGCCUCCCAAUGACCAGCUCUCAUUGAAACAACUGACGGCGAAGUUCACCUUCCUGUUGUGCAUGGUGUCCUUCCGGAGAGUGGCGGACGUUCGGACUUUCGAUAAGGACGCUUUCUCCAUUGGACCCGAAGGAGUCACGUUCCACAUAUCGCAACGUAAUAAAUCCAAUACAGCAUCAGUAUUCUAUCCGUUUUUCAAUUCGGAUCCCCAGCUAUGCGUGGUCCGGACCCUCCGAGCCUACGUGUCAGCAACGGAAGGCUUGCGCUCACCGUCCGCACGACAACUCUUGGUAUCAUAUGUGACUCCACACGGCCGGUCUCGGUCAUCACAUUGGCCAGAUGGGUCAGAUGGAUUCUCACUCUAGCCGGGGUAGACGCCUCAUUUGGCGCACACUCCGUUCGAGGGGCAGCGGCAUCAUCGGCAUUUUUAGCAGGCGCCUCUCUGGCGGAUAUCCUACACACGGCAGAUUGGUCCCGGGAAUCUACCUUUCGGACCUUCUAUUUCCGCCAGUCGUCCAAUGCCGCUUUCGCUCUCCUACCUAAGCGUUAAAACUGCAAAUACGAAGCCUCCUGUCAUGUUAUAAAAUUGAAGAUUAUGCUAGCGCAGUGUACUAAUAAUCUUAAUUUUAAUAAUGACAGGAGGCGAGUAUUUCCCACCCUUUUCAUUCUCAUAAAGUCCCCGCCCAGAUGGAGGUAAGUAGUUGGUGGGAGUAGAUUGGUUCUUUAUCUGGACUCAUUUAUUUGGAUUAGCAUUUUAUACAGAUAUAUUUAUUAUAGGGCUAUUGCUCUAGUUGGUAUGGUGAAUCUUUAGACGUCUUUAUUAACUAGUUGAUUCGUUACAGACAAUUGGUUUUUCCUUGGUCAUUCCCGUAUCAGUGAUACUACUCUCUCUCUCUUUUCAGUUUGACAAACCACAGGGACGAUGGAAAGGCUGAAGAGGCCAUUGUUAUGACCAUGUUGGAUUUCGUUAUGACAGUUGGAAUUAAGUUACUACGGACUUCUUACUACAUUUGGAUCUUGUGAUGUCGCAGUAGUCAAGAGGAAAUGGAUGGCUACGCUGGGACUUAUAUAUCCUCUGUUCUACUCUGAUUGGUUCUUUCUUUAAUGAUUUUUUUUUUUCUUUGCUGCUAUGGAGCUAGUAAAGAAAGUUGAUGCAAAUACUCGCCUCCUGUCAUUAUUAAAAUUAAGAUUAUUAGUACACUGCGCUAGCAUAAUCUUCAAUUAUCAUCUAAAAUUUAAAAGACUCUAAAUUCUGUUAUUUUCAGUAUACAAUAGGAUUACAAUAUAAUAGCUAAAUGGUAGAACAUUUUCUUUCAUUACCCGCAAUAACUAGUUAAUAGUUCAUAUACAGAAAGUGGUAAGUGGCUGUUUGAUUACAUACUGGUCUUUCCAUUUUGUCAUUUUCAGCAAAGGUUGGUAUACGGUGACAGCCAAAUAGUGAAUUAAUAGGUUGAUUAAGAUUCUGGGUAAAGGAAGAAUGAUAUAAAUAAUAUUUGUUUGCAAUGUUUUUAGUUCAGUACCUAAUGGGGAUAAUAUACUCCAAUGAACUUAUAAAGAGUGUGCACAUGUAACAACUUAUAAUUUUAUUCCAUUUUAUUUCAGCCAAUUACCCAAGUCUUCUGCAGUGUCUGAAUGCACCCAUCUUGACAAGUGCUCAGUGUAGCAAUGCCUACCCAGGACAGAUCACCACUAACAUGAUCUGUGUUGGCUACGUUGAAGGUGGCAAGGAUUCCUGCCAGGUAAUGUAUCUGACAAUCACUGUUUGAUUUAAAAUGUACAGUGGGGAAAUGAAAUAUAUCUACAAAUCCAUGACUCUAUCAUUAAAGCUCCUAUAAAUGAAUGUAUAUAUCGACUAUAUAUUUUUUAAUAUUUUACAUUCUCUCUCCUUCCCACAGGGUGAUUCUGGUGGCCAGCUCCAGGGUAUUGUGUCCUGGGGAUAUGGCUGUGCUUUGAGGAAUUACCCCGGAGUCCACGCCAAGGUCUGCAACUACAACUCCUGGAUCCAGAGCACCUUUGCGUCAAAUUAAAACUAUUUCUUAAAUGUUCUAAGACUUUAAUAAAUGUGUGAACUUCCUAACUCGUCCAUGCAUCAUCAUUUAUGUAUUAGAAAAAAUACUUAAUUAGUUAGAACAUAUUUUGGUUGGAGAAUAAUGUAUGAAUGUAGAGAAUGAUCUGUUGAUUAUUAUAUUUAAUCUCCACUAUAUCUACAUUUGAGCCACUGUUUGAAUAAUUACAUAUUCUCUGUCACAGGCUCAGGAGAGAGAAUUCUCCCUUUAUAUCGCCAGAUGUGUUUGGCAAUAAUGUUACUUAAUACCCCAAAAAUAUGGAAUCAAUUAUAUUAUAAUUCAACUAUGAUAUAUAUAUAUAUAUAUAUAUAUAUAUAUAUAUAUAUAUAUAUAUAUAUAUAUAAGCUUAUUUCACUUUAAUGUCCUGGAGAGUAGGUUAAAAUUAAAAAUUAAAACAUUUAUGAUGACAUUAUGUAACACAACAAUAAAAAACAAUGCUUGCAGUUACUAUUUGCUUUAAGAUAAAGAUAAAUGUUUUUAGAGACUUCAGACUGAAAGCACCUAUUUUCCUAAACAUUAUGUCACAUUUGAGAAGCUUUGUAGGAGAAAGGUCCAUUAAUAUAGUAAAGGACAUAAAGGAGACAACUUACUGGAAUAAGGAUAUUUCUCAGAAAGGGAGCUUUCCAUUAAUAUUGUUUUAAAGAGGAAGGCCAGGACAGGGCUUUCAUUUAAUAUCAAAUAUUUAGCUAUGAAACAUAAUUUAAUAUGAAUAAAAUGGGAGAAAAUAAGAUUUUUUUGAUUUUUUUAGUUCUACAUGACAUUUUAACUGUCAAUGUCAUAAUACUGUUUGCUUUUACUGCAAUAAAAUACACAUAUUUGUAUUCAGCAAAGUCGCACAUGUAAAACAGUACUCCCUAUGUACAGGUUUUAUGGCGUUUUGGGAAGUUACAAGGUCAAAUAUAGCACGUUACAUUUGAAAUUGAAAUUCGCCAGAUGGGUUACGUUGCCUUAUAGUAGCCCAGGAAUGAAAUUUACACCUACAAUGGCAUACCAUUUGCAAUAGUAGACAACCCAAGGUAUUGCAAAUGGGGUAUGUCCAGUCUUUUUAGUAGCCAUUUGGUCACAAACACUGGCCAAAGUUAGCGUUAGUAUUUGUUUGUGUGUGAAAAAUGCAAAAAAUGACAAUUUUGGCCAGUGUUUGUGACUAAGUGGCUACUAAAAAAGACUGGACAUACCCCGUUUGCAAUACCUUGGGUUGUCUACUAUUGCAAAUGGUAUGCCAUCAUAGGGGUAAUUUUCAUUCUUGGGCUACCAUAGGGUCUCAAAGGCAACGUAACCAAUCUGGCGAAUUUUAAUGUGAAAAAAAUGAAACGCAAGCCUUAUAUUUGAUGCUGUAACUUUUGAAAACACCAUAAAACCUGUACAUGAGGGGUACUGUUGUACUCGGGAGACUUUACUGAAGACACAUAUUUGUGUUUCAAAACAGUAAAAAGUAUCACAGCAAUAAUAUCUUCCGUGUAACUGCUGUUUGUGCAUGAAAAAUGCAAAAAACGUCAAUUUUACUGGUGAUAUCAUCGUUGUAAUACAUUUUACUGUUUUGAAACACUAAUAUUUGUGUUCAGCAAAGUCUCCCGAGUAGAACAGUACCCCCCAUGUACAGGUUUUAUGGUGUCUUGGAAAGGUAUAGGGUUAAAUAUAGUGCUAGAAAAUUAAAUUCCCUUUACUUUUGGCAUGGGUUGUCAGGCAGGUCCCGCUAAUUGUAAUUAAUUAAGAUACCUAAUUAUGUAAAAAUAUUACAUAAAUAUAUAUGUAGAAUUAAUAUAUGUAUAUAUAUAUAUGUAUGUGAAUCUAUAUGUGUAUAUAUAUAUAAUUUUUUUUAAAUAUUGUUAUUUAUAUAUAGGUAUAUAUAUAGUGAUAUAUACGUAUAUAUUUAUGUAUGUAGAUAUAUAUAUUAUUUCGUUCUACAUAUAUUUUGAUAUAAAUAUAUAUAUAUAUAUUAAUAUCACAAUACAGUUAGAACGAAAUAACACACAUCUAUAUAUUUUUUAAUUAUUUUUUUAAUUAUUUUUUUAUAUUAUAUAUAAAUAUAUAUAUAACAAUAAUUAUAUAUAUAUAUAUAUAUAUAUAUAUUUAAUCAGUAUCAGUCUACGUGUAAUUUGAUAUUAAUAUAUAUAUAUAAUUAUAUAUAUAUUAAUAGUAAAAUACACCUAUACAGUGUAUGUGUGUGUGUAUGUAUAUGUAUAUAUAUACUUAGAUCAUAUAUAUAUGCAAUAUAUAUAUGAUCUAAGUAUAUAUAUAUAUAUAUAUAUAUUUUUUUUUUAAACUUUAUUAAUUGAUUUUAAUUUUAUUUCCAGCCAGCAGGGGGACCACCUGUCAUUACAGGCAGCCCCCCUGCUGGCAAUGCAGAGGAGGCAGCCUACCCAGCCAUGUGAUUGUGGGGUCCUCGCAAGGACCUAACUCUCACAUGGCCGGGGGGCACCGGAGGAGGAGGAUCUACCAUGGGGGGGGCUCCCUGGGAGUCCCCCCCACCGCGAUCGCCGGUGUGGGACCGCCGGCUACCGGGUAAGUAAGAAAAGACCGGAGGGCAUACAAUUACGCCCGGCGGCAUUUAGAGCCGCCUAAAAUAGGGCGUAAUUGUACGCCCUCCGGUCUUAAGGGGUUAAACCUUCAUAUGUUUGUUUCUGUCUUUAUUAUAUUAUGUUUGCCAAUAAUCUAUAAUUUCUCUCAUAGGUUUUCCCUCUCUUUAUUUACCUGUUACCUGAUAACUUGCUUGGGGCAUAUUGUUUAACUCGUAUUUCUGUCCUUUCUUUUUACCUAUAAUUCUGUUCAUAGGUUCUCCACUUCCUUCAACCUUAAUUCAAUUUAUAGGUUCUCCUAAUUCUCCUCACCUAUAAUUUCUCCUAUAGGUUCUCCUGAGAGCUGAUAAACUGCUUGGGGCAUAUUGCGUAACUCCUUAUUUCUCUUGAAGCAUGUUGCCCAACUCUUUAUUUCUGUUCUUUCCUUAUACUGCCUAUAAUUCCGCUUAUAGGUUCUCCUUCUUCCCGCUAGCCUAUAAUUCCGUUUAUAGGUUCUCCUUUACCUUCUGUCUAUAAUCUCAUUUAUAGAAUAACCUGUCUGGGGCUUAUUGUCGAAACCACUAUUUCUGUAAUCUUCCAUUAUACUUACCUUUAAUCCCGUUUUUAUAUUAUCUGCUUCCUACUUUGUCUAUAUUAUUUCCAUUUCCCUUCAAGUCCUACUUCACUUAUUAUUUUAAGUCAAAAACAUGUCAAUGAAUUCCAAUAAAGAACAUAAAGUCAACCCCGGUAUAAGUCUCUUGUCUGCCCUGAUCAGAACCAUGACACCUACACUAACAAUUCACUAAAAUUUCUACUGAGACAGAGAGGGGUAUUCUAACCCUUAUUAACUCUUAAUAGGGAACAAAUAGGGCAGGCAAUAGCACUGUUACAGUGCUGUGAAAUACUAAAGCAAAUGCAAACAUACAUAAUUAAGCUAUGCUCUCAAAUUUCCACUAUUUCUGGGCUGCAGCAAUGAAUAUAGUACACAUCAGCCCUGAUAAAACACAAUUUAAAAAAAUUACAAAAAGUUACUUGUGCACUAUCCCAAAUCCCUAUGCACAUAUAAAUAACUGGAGGUUUUUUAGUAUCACUGCAAUGGCCAUUUAAGAGUAAGGUGGCAGGUGAGCUUACACGCGUUCCCUCUAUUAAGGGUUAAUAAGUGUGUUGGUGUUUAGAAAAAUAUCCCUCCUAGAUAUUUUACUUAGCUGAAAGCAGCAAGGUGAAUUGUUAGUGUAGGACUACCUAAAAGGUUUUUCCUUGAUGUGGCAGGUGAGCUUACACUUGUUUAGCCACUGGAGCAAAAACCACAGAUACAGACCACAUAAUACACCCACUUGACCACCAGGGAUUAGUAUUCAGCCUCCAUUGUCCCAAAGGCAUGCUAUUACUAAGAAUUAUUGUCUCUUUGACAUAUUUCCCAAGGCUGUAUCUUCCAUGUGGAUGGCAAUAAAGAUUGGCAUAGUGUUCAGCCAUGAUUUGGAGAACGUAGAUUACAUAUACUUUUUUCAUUAAAAUACUUCAGUUUUAAUCAAAAAAGGAAAAUAAAAACCCACGUGACUGAGCUGACGGUUUACGUUAUUGCUGUGUUGGUACAAAAGUAUUUCAAAGAAUUAUGACUGUAAGAAAAUAUUUUUUUAUUUGUCAUUUUUAAAAUCAGGAUAAAGCAACACAAGUGAAGUGAUUAGUGAGCAAAUCUCACAAUACUCCUUUGUAGAGCGUGUCUACAGAUGACUGUUUAUAUUCCUUGACUAUACAUACUGUACAAAAAGGUCCUUCACCAGCCAUGGUUUAACCAAAGCCCAUAUGUUGGCAUCCAUCAAUUUCCAUGUUGGCAAUGAACCAUUACUAUGCCUUUUAAUUUUCUAUUUUUCCAAAUGUUUUCAAUAGGAGAGAGACAAGAAUGGUAAAUGAAGUAAACUACAUAAAAGUGCAAUUUUGUAAAACCGGGCUUAAGUUUAUUCUUGUGGAAGUAUCGUGAAGACAAAUAUCGCUCUUAAAUUUAUUGAAAACAUCUUUUCAGUCUCAAACUCAAUAAGUCCAUGCUUUCCAUUUCUAUCACUAUGGGAAUUAAAAACAAAUAAUAAAAAAAAAAAUUUAAAUGCAUUGGGUUCACAAAAAGAAAAAGCAUGUAAGUAAAAAAAAUAACUGGAAGGGCUACAAGAUAAAGAAAAGGAGAGUUCAAAUGUAUAUAAAAGGGGGAGGGUUAAGGCAUCAGAAAAUACAUAUAGCUUUGAGAAAAGCAUCUAGCUUGUCUUUGUCUGUUUGUAUCAUUUCCUUUCUAUGCCAUUUACAUUACUUGUGCAACAUGUUUUGUUAUGGUAUUUAUAGGAACUUAACAUACUGUACCAUGGGACAUAGUCACAAAAAGAGCACUCCAGGUAAUUUUCAAUAUUCUUCCAUAUGAGCCAUGAACGUGAUAUAAAAUGAAAGUUGGACCUCAUUUAUAAAAGCAUUUAUUGUUUUUUUCGUAUAUAAUUAAAACACAAUAAGUUACACACUUAACUUUUUCAUAUCUCUCUCACCUCACUUGUUGUUUCUUAACAGUAUAUUCAUGGUAUUAAUCCACUGACAUAUGUGCAUGUUUUGUCCUUCCAUUUACCUUCCAUACUUCCUCUCUGUACUUAUCACCUUCCACAACUCCAAAAUGCAUUUUCUUGACACCAUUUCUCUCUUCUCACAUCUCCUCUUGAAAUUCUAAUAUCUCCUCCUAUAUAAAUAACCUCACAAAAAACUCAGUUCACUUUUCUUGUACAAACAAUUUUCUCAUCCUUCCUCUUUAUAUUGUGUAGAUCGUCUCAUGUUCUAUAUUUUCUCUCACAUGAGUGCCCGGGUCAGCCUUGAAUAACACAACAUUGCAUGUGAGGGCACUGAGCUUUCCAUCCACUCUGUCUAGAUCAUCGGACAUGGAAGCUGCAACUCCAGAUCCACCAACAAAGACAUCAUGCCAAUCAAUCCAUUUUUUGCUCAGCAUUCAUGUUUGUAUUUUCUGUACAUUCUUCUUUUUUAUUUGCUGCUUGGCUGGAUUAUCCACUUUACGAGGUUACUUACUUGAUUUUUGUGGAUUUCUCUAAUGGUAUCAGAUGAGAGCAUACAGGACCAGAAUUACAGAGAGCAGGAAAACUGGUCAACAGACCAACUGCAUUACAGACAAAGAACUGAAUGACCAGACAUCAAAGGAACCUUUCAAGGAAGGGUUAGCAUAUGAUGUUUCACCACCUUUUUUGAUGUCACUGUACCUAAAUUCUUAAUCUGCCCUUUUUUCUUGUUAGGCAGUGAGAAAUCUAAAUGCAUGACCGUCUCACUAGUUCUCAAAUGAGGCAACCUAUUGCCUAAUUAGAGUUAGAUAGAACCAAAGUGAGUGAGGAUCAAGUACCAGAGGAUGAUUGGUAGGUGCAGGGAUCCCUGUACCAGUGGCAGAUGUGCAUGUAAUGUGCCAUAUCAGCACUUUAAUUUGUCUAUGUGCAGAUACCUUUCUGCAUAAUUUUAUUGAAUUAAAUACCUGAUAAUAGUUUAUUUUUCAGACUGCACUAAUGUGUAAAAUGAUUUAAUUAAGGCGAGUCUAGUCAACAUAUUUUACUAGAUUAGAGACUUCCAUGAACAUUCUUCUUUUUUAAAUUUGUUUUAAAAAAAUACACUAGGAGCAUGUUACCAAUAGAAGAUAAAAACAGAAACAUAUUGUGCCACAUAAUCUUGUUAUAAUUACUAUGUUCUGUUCCUGAUAUAAUCCUAAAUACAAGGUUAUUGAUAGUAUACCAUGUAUCUAUAUUUCCAAUACUUAUUAACCAUAAUCUACAAAACAUGAUAAAGAUUAAACAAGCAUACGUCAAGGCCAUAUCUCCACCAUGAAGCGUCUGCUUAUCUGUGAGCUUCUUGAGCUGUUGGUGAGUACGUCCAUUUUCAGAGGCCACAAUAUUCUUACUGUAGCAUUGGUAUUCAUAUUUCCUCCUUCUCUUUUUUUGUAAAACCUUUGGAAUCAAUUAUUUUUCAUAUUUUUUUUAAUGGUUGGCAUGUUUCAUUUCUGCAAGGGUUUAUCUACAGAUCAACUGUGAAAAUGUCCAAAGCAUGUAAUAAUGCAUUGUGUAAACUAUGUGACAGACCUGUUUACACAUUUUUAUGAUGUCACAUUGUCAUAAUGUCUCUUCCUUAUAGAAUAAAAGAUUGUGCUACAGUAUGUAGCAUGUUUUCAAAUAUCUGUAGAUAGAUCCUUGAUUAUAAAAGGUAACAACACAUAAAUUGAUUUUGAUCACAAUGGAAAAAUAAAAGCAUUUUUGUUCUGCACACAGCUGCAUUUGUGGGUGAUGACAAUAAGAUUAUAAGGGGUUACCCGCACCAAGAACUCUGUCCCAUAAAUUGUAUAACUUAACUCUGGUUACAACUUCUGUAUUGGUUUUCAGAUUACAAGCCUGUUGAUGGUAUCUGCUGAUUCUUGCAACACAAUGUAGGUAUAAGUAACAUAUCUUUUAGUACAAAGGUAUGUGAAUUGACUUGUUUUAAAAAUGUAAACUUCUGAAGGUUGACAGUAAAAAUGUAAUUAUAUUGCUGCAUUAAGACGGAGACAACAUUAUGGCCCUCUUUGUGAGGAUUAGCAUCUACACUUCUGUUUCAGUGUCUGAAAUAAUUCAGGUUGCAGUAGUCUGCACUGUAUUGAGUUUAAGGGUAGUAAUAGGGAAAUUUAGGGUGAAGGGUCUUUAGAAGAGCCUGCUUCUAAGAUGUGGUGGACUGUAGUUCUUACCACUCUUGCAGAGUUAUUCAAUGAUGUCUCAAUUUUAGAGGGAAAAAAAAUCCUAAUUGUUAAACUAAAUCUAACGUUGCCAAGAUGGGAUAAGAACUGAGUUGGAGAUUUUUUUUCCCCCCUGAAAUUAGAUAAUUACAUGAUUAUUCACUAAAAUGAGGAUUUAAAGUGAAUUCAAGGUGAUUUUAACAUUUAAGGUAAAUCUAACUGAAAUUGAAAAGUUCUCAAAUCAUAUGUUUUUAGUUCGCCUAUUAUGGCCCUAAAUUUGAUUUCUCAUUUUAGUGGAUAGCCCUGUUAGCUUCAAUAUUGUCUUUUUGGAUUUAAGCUGACAAAAUUUAGAAUUUAGUGAAUAACCUCAUUGGUGUAAUUUCUUUACAUUCUCAUGAAUGCAGUGACAAAACUGUGCCACUAGCUAUAUUGAGAUGUUAAUUGUUGUACAGAAAGGGAGGAGUAGAGCCUUACAGUAUUUCUCUAUGAUAUAUGUAACAGAGAUGGAGAAAUAUGGAGUGCAGUAUUCUAGUAAAAUUGAAGGUUAAGUAAGGAAUACACUUACAGAUUUUGGAAGCUCUUGAAAGCUCCACUUGUAUGAGCAUGAGUGGUACAAUCCCUGCAUCUAGAUCCUUGUAGGUUCCCUUUGUCUUAGUCAGCAAUCCAGGAGUUUGCAUAAAAAAAAUAAAAUAUACAGUUGGACUAAUCUAGUUUAGUAUCUCUGGAUAACAAUUGAUAAAAUAUAAAAUGAAAAUGAAAUGCGUGUCGGCGCCUAAAUUAUAGCGUGGAGUGGUAUAAUCACCACUCUAGGAUAUUUGUGAACGACAGUCUUUUCCGUACAUAGGGAUAUGUAAAACUUCAAACGCAAUUCUUCAGAACAAAAAAUGUAAAAAUCAGGGCUGUUUUAAUUUGGAAGAGCCAAAAAUGUCAAUGCAAAAGUCUAAUAUUGACUAUUUAUUGUGCCUAAUCUCAGACAGUAAAAUAUAUUACAUGCAGGUGAAAUGUAAAGUGCCUUUUUAUACUCUUACAUGCUGGUGACAUGUGAUGUGUCUUCUUUAUACUCUUACAUACUGGUGACAUGUGAUGUUACAUAGUUACAUAGCUGAAAAAAGACUUGCGUCCAUCAAGUUCAGCCUUUCUCACAUAUGUUUUUGCUGUUGAUCUAAAUGAAGGCAAAAGCCCAGUGUGAAGUGCUUCCAAUUUUGCAACAAACUAGGAAAAAAUUCCUUUUGACCCCAAAAUGGCAGUCAGAUGUCUCCUUGGAUCAAGCAUUUAUCACCCCACUAAUUAGAAAUGAUAUCCCUGCAUUUUAUGUUUUUGCAAGUAUUUAUCCAAUUGCUGUUUAAACAUCUGUAAGGACUCUGAUAAAACCACCUCUUCAGGCAGAGAAUUCCAUAUCCUUAUUGCUCUUACUGUAAAAAAAACCCUUUUCUUUGCCUUAAACUAAUUCUCCUGUCUUCCAGCCUAAAUGUGUGACCUUGUGUCCUAUGUAUAGCCCUGUUCAUGCAUAGAUUUCCAGAUAAUGGAAUGUACUGGCCCAGAAUAUAUUUGUAUAAUGUUAUCAUAUCCCCUCUGAGGCGCCGUUUUUCUAAACUAAAAUUUUUUUAUACUUUUUUAACCUUUCUUCAUAACUAAAAUGCUCCAUUCCUUUCAUCAAUUUUAUAGCCCGCACUCUUUCUAGUGCCAUGAUAUCUUUAGAACAGGUGCCCAAAAUUGCACAGCAUAUUCAAGGUGUGGUCCUACCAGCGAUUUAUAAAGAGGCAAAAUUAUAUUUUCAUCCCGAGAAUUUAUGCCUCUAUUUAUACAUGACAAAAUCAUACUGGCCUUAGCAACUGGCGACUGACAUUGCAUAUUGCUACCUAAUUUAUUUUCUAUAACAAUUCCCAAAUCCCUCUGAUGUGUUUUUAUCCCUAAUUCCCUACCAUGCCAGAUGUUUUUUCUUUAUAUACUUCCAUUUCUAAUGACAAAGCUUGUGCAGCAGUUCGGUAACUUCUAAUUAAGUCUAAUCUGUUUAAAGAACAGAAAAUUGAGUUUCUUAUUAAAAGCAUUGAAUGGAUUUUAAAUAAUAAAUAUUUCUGUUUUUAAUUCUCUUUUUUUUUUUUAAAUCCUGCUUCAGCUCAUGGAUAUGCAGACCAGGUGCACUCCAAGCUACAACAGUUUAUUUAUGGCUAUUUGAGAAGAAAACUACAUUUAUGGUAGUCAAGAAUCAGCAGAAACCUUGCCACCUAUAAAGGUCAUAUGGAUGAUCUGUUAUUUUAUAUGGGAUGGCCCAGUGAACGUUAUAGAAAAUUCUCUAAACAGACUAAAUCAAAAUAAUGUAUUUGUUUGACCAGUCAAUGAGUCACAUGAGCUUUUCUAGCAUAACUUUUUUAGAUUUAGAAAUAUAUGUUGAAAAUAAGAAAAUAAAAAAAAAUAAUAAUUUUACACAUGUAGAUGUUAACAAUUAUGUAACCUAUAAUAGCAUGGACUGAAUCUCAUGGCUGAACAAGAUCCAUAAGAGUCAAUUCCAGAGGAUCCAAAUGAAUCGUACAGAAAAGAAUGUUUCUGAAGAGCAAUACAUUUAAACAAAAGAAUUAUCUGGAUUCAUUGGUUCAAGAAGCUUUUAACAGCACUAACUCUAAGGGCAGCAAAAACUAACAAUUCAAGAUUAUAUGGUAGAAUUUAAAGAAAAAACAGGUUGCGCAGUAUAAAAGUAUGAGUAUAGAUAAAAAAUUAAUAUCUAAUAUUUACUUCAGAAUAAUUGGCAGUAGAUAUAUAGUUACGAUUUCAAACAAUGGUGAUUACUGUGUUUAGUGCGCUUAUAGAGAUAAUAAUAGUGGUAUAGAAGCAGCUGCACACUCUAGUGGGUGCUCUCUAUCCCCCACUCGAAUGUAAAAGUGAAGCACAAUAAGACCUGCAUAGACUGGACAAAAGCCCAGACCGUGCUGGUCAGGUGAGUGGAGCGCUGAAUAUUCACACUUACCCUUAAUUAGGGUUGGAUCUCAGGUAUAUAUAUGUACAUGCAAAUGAAACAGAAAAAUACAACACAAUAUAGUGUAAAUCCGUUGAAUUGAGGGAAUAUUAUGAUAAUAUAUCAAUAAUCAAACUCACAUGGAUUAGAGCCUCAUAACAGGACAGGCUCAAAUCUCUUCAACUUCAGUAUCGUAUGGAGACACUGCACCCUUUAUCCGGAAUAAAUUUCCUCAAAGGAGAAAAGAAAGAGAGACAGGGGAAAAAAACCCCCCCUAGUGUACUUUGUAUAUAACUGAUAUAGCACAAACAGUAAUUAUAGUAGUGCUCACCUGGUUUAGAGCCAAUGAGAACCUGGCUCUAGAUGGUAGACUUGAGUGCCUUUGAAAGGGGGCACUUACCCUUCUUUAACAGCAAGAUAGGACCAAAGGCCAAUGGGAUGUAUAUAAAAAAUAAUAAAUUUAUUGCUAAAAUAAAAUAAAAUAAAAUACUUUGCAAAAUAGUAACUUUAAAGUCCCAAAUAUAGGCUUCAGCUCCGAGACGCGUUUCACCCACGCUAUGUGGGCUUUUUCAAUCGGGUUCACUGUGUCCAUAUUCUUGCUGUUUAAAUUUGCCGGUUUAUUCUUCCGGUAGGCGGGUCUUUAUUGCCGUGGUCCAAUCAGGAGGCUUCUUCUUAGUAUUCAAUUCGCCUCACCUGAGGGUCAUUCCGGCGAUCGGAGUGAUGCUGUGUCAUACUUCGCGUCACUUCCGUUUUCGCCGCGGCCAUUUUUCUCAUGGGCAAGCGCCCUGAAUAGAAAAACGGAAGUGACGCGGCGGAAUGAAUCCGUUCGUCACUUCCAAAGCUAUCAGAGUUCUGGCAAAUACACUGUAAUGUGUCUUUUUGCCCACACUUUUUUGAAAAGGAGGGGACUUUCGUCCUCAGUGUAUAUAAAAAAAGGCAAAAGGCAAUAGUAAAGAGGAAAGGAGGGAAAAGAAAACAUAUAUAGAUGUAUGAAUGUAUGGUACAUAUUUUCACAUAUAAUGUGUUUAUGAGAAUGUCAACAUGUAGGAAUUAAGUCAUUUUACAACAUUCCUUUAGCUUUAUUCCAAAUUUAAAGGGACAGUAAAAUAUGUAUAAUAAAAAUAUAUAUUUUAAAAAUAAUAACUGAUUGAUUUCCACAUGAAUUAUUGACUUUCUCAUUUACAAAUGUAAAAGUAUUUCAUAUGAUGUACCAUGUCUAAUGGUCAGUAUUCUCCUCCAGAGGAACAUCAAUGAAAUGGAUUAAAUGAAAUGGCAUAUCUCAAAAUCAUUAUUGAGACCUCCUGGUGUCAAUGUAUUUAAAUUGAAAAUCCAUUUCAUUUCUAUUUGACCCAUUUUCUUAAUAAAAUUGUCUCCUCUCCAAUUAGGUUUAACUAGUUGAAUACCAAUAAAUUUUAACUCUGUAGGGUCCUGGUUAUGUUUUGUUUGAAAAUUGUAUGAUAUAGUCCCAAAACAAAGUCUUUAUGGUGUAGAAAAGAUUCUUGGUGAAGAAAAUUUUUGGAGGAGCAGUCUGAUCUCCUCACAGGUAAGUCUCAUGAUAUGUUAAGACAAUAAACACAUAGGGAGAACCAAUAGUGUAAUAUUGCGUAAUUCAAGGUAAAAUGCAAAAAUUCAAAAUGUGGAUAAUGGAAAUCUACAACAAUAGUGUAUACCAGUAUGAACACCUUACAAAAUUCUAUAAUAAAUGGAAAUACAUUCACAAAACAAGAGUUUCCAAUUAGCUCCUAGAAAAGGCUUGGAAUGGUAUAAUACCACUCACGGAUACAUUUGUAAAUGAUUCUACAGUGCAAAGAGAGAAAUAAAGAAAAUAUAGUGCUCUCUGUUUAUAAUAAUAGCAACUUUGCGUAAUUAAAAGGAGGUAAACUUACAUUUUUAAGAGCAGUGCAUGCUCUAUGAAAACAGCGUGAGUGGUAUAAUCCCCACCAAGGAUAAAGGAGAAUAGAUGAGAAAGUGCAACAGUGCCAGUGGAGAUUUUCUGGAUUGGAGAAAUAUUGAGAUAGAUACAGGACAAAGCAACUUUUAUUGUAAUUUACCAAACAAAUAGAUAAAUAAAUAAAAAGUAGAUAAAAAAACCUAUUAUGAAAUCACAAUGCGUUUUGUCAACAGGCAUUUUCAAGUGAUGAUAGAAUGGAAGUCUUGCAGGUAGCUCUAUUUAUAAGACAUUUGAAAUCUAGCAUGUGUAUUUAUUUUGAGACUAUAUUAUACCAUUUUCAAACAAAUCGUAUGCAUUUAAAUGUACAUAGGUUAAGUGGAUAUAUUUUUCCUGCUUGCCCCCUUGAUCUGAUAAAAUACUUCUCCAUAUGGAUGAAUAACUACACUUUAGUUUGAUUUGUGAUUCAUGAUUUAGAGCUCUGUCUGGGUGCACCCUUCCCCCCCAAUAAAACAUAUGUUUAAUGGUAAAAAAGCUGACUGAUGGUUAGGGGGACAACCACUACUAAAUGUUGGUUGUAUUCACAGAUCAAGUGAAUAUGAACCAAUAGAGGGGAAAAGGUGGAGCAAAAACAAAAUUCAAAAUAUAUACAUAUUAUUUAUAUUACAUAAACGAUCCAGUGCGAUCACUCAUUCACUAAACAGCAAUUUCAAAGCACACAGAAUAUAAUAGUUUAAAUAAAUACAAAUAAACACCUAAUCUAGGCAAAAAUAAUGGGGAUUUAGUUACAUUAUAUGACCAUACAUUGCAAAAUCCUACCACAACGUCAAUGUACCUCAGUUUUGGCAGGUCCUAUUCUAGCAGCCUAAUGCCUGCUCUUGUGAGAUAAUUCCACUUACAUGGGACAUGCUUUCUCCUGGGACUCUCUGCAGUGCAAGGUUAAAUUAUUAUAAUAACGAUCAAUAGUCUACACAUCAAAAAGUAAGAUAUUACGUCUCACAAAUAUGUUUCUCUUAGGUAAUCAGUAAAUAAACCCAAGUAUGAUCCAAAAGAAAUAUAAUAAAAUAAAUGUAGCAGUAGUUCUACCACAAAAUGAUAGAGGUCAAAUGACAUGCACAGGCUUAACAACCUAAAAUAUUACUUACUGGUGCACUAAGAAACCUAAUUGGCUUAAGAUCAAUUUAGAAUAAAUCCACUAGGUGUCAACCUUACCCUUCACUAAAAAAUAAAAACAAUGUGAAAAAAAAGAUUAUGGUUAAAAAAAAAAAAGAGGCGAACAGCUCUAGUUUGGUAGUGUGAUUCCUACCUUUCACAUAGAUCAGGCUGUUCCACAAUGUGCCAGAUGAGAGAAAUGUCAUGUCACACAUUCAUUACUGACAAAUCAUGUUGUCUGAACAUCUUGGAACUUUGUUAUCCCAUAGUUACCAACUAAAUUAUAUCUAAUGAAGCAAUACUUUGAUAUGCCAUCUUCAUUCCCUCCUACUCCUUUUUUUUUCAUUAAAAGUCAGCAAGAUAUCUUCUUUUACAACCCAUUUUUAGCCACUAUUUGACAUUUGUAGGUCUUUAUCACAUUCAAUACCAGAGUUGAGUAUACAUGUACUCUAGUUGUGAUUACCAGCCUGCAAAGGAUUGAGUUUCUCUCCCAGAAGCCACCAGUUGCUGAUAUAAUGAAUUUAAAUGUGAUGCAAAUGUAAACUCACCUCCUUUUUUCAAACAUUACAGAAAGUUUCACUGUGAGAUACCAUUCCUGCAGUAAGAAAGGGAGGAGGAAAUAAUUUCACUGUUAGCAUUACAUUAGCAGUUCAGAAAUUAAUAAAGCUGCUAUAGCAGUUUUAAAAUACAUUUAUUUUAAAAAUAUAUGAUUUAACUGUAUGUACUGUAUGUAAGCAUUAUACUUAAAUGCAGACAUUCAUUUUACAUUAUGUUGAAAUUUUUAGUAAGGUGCACAUCUAGUAAUUUGUCCUUAGACAGAAAAUAAAAAGUGGGUACUCUAGGAAACUCGGAGAAAAGGAAUGAAAACACUGUCAUCUAUGAUGCCUACCUGUUUUGCAUCAUUUCAUAGUUGUUUACGUUCUGUAUUAAAUCUUUGGUUCAGAUUUUUUGUAAUUUUGUAUAAGUUUGUUGAUCUCCUAAUAUCCUAUACGCUUCUGUCAAAUUGUCUUCCAUUGCCAUAAUGACUAUACCUCCGCCUUGUCUGCAUUUUGAUGAUAAUGUCAUUCCUAGUUAUAAGAUCCAUUAGAGUUCUAUUUCCUUCCUUAGAUUCUUCUCUUUUAUUUAGAUUUUUGACUAGUUUCUCAAAAUUUUUUUAUUUUAUAGGCAGUAUUCAGGCACGUCAAAAUUAAUCAUUGUGGCAAAAAGUAACAAAACUUUCAGCUGGAUGUCUUCAAGAUGAGGAGGAUUCCUCUUUUCUUACAAAAAACAAUAUAACACAUCUAGAUAUAAUACAUAAACAAUAUGACAAAACACAAUAUAACACAUCUAGUCUUCAGGAUAUUUACAAAUACCUGUUGGCAAGGUUUUUGACCAUUUUUAUUUAUAGAUUUUUGUCACACCUUCUACAUGUGAGAAAAAUUGACUUUUUGCGUUAAUACUAACAUUUUAGACACUGAAAUAUUGCAAGAUAGAGGACACUGUAUAUUAAAACUUUUCAUUUCCCAAAUACUUAAGCUUAAGUAAGCUUAAAGGAGCAUUAUAGGGUCAAGAACAGAAACAUGUAUUCCUGACCCUAUAGGGUUAAAACUACCAUCUAGCAACCCUGGUCCCCUCAUGUCUCCCUAAAUAUAGUAAAAUCUUACUUGUAUUCAAGUCUGGAGCUGCUGGCUUUGUCACUGUUUCCUUUGACCUGCCCACUGCCUGCUGACAUCAUCAGAAGUGGUAGCCUGAUCCAAUCACAAUGCUUGCCCAUAGGAUUGGCGCUGAGGCUGACAAAAAGGCAGAUCAGGGGCAGAGCCAGCACAAUUCAAACACAGCACUGGCCAAUCAGUAUCUCCUCAUAGAGAUGAAUUGAAUCAAUGAAUCUCUAUGAGGUAAAUUCAGUGUCUGCAUGCAGAGGGUCGAGACACUGAAUGUGUGGAUGCAUUUUAAGCAGCAAUGACCCAGGAAAUAUCUCUAAUAGACAUCUGAGGAGUGGUCAGUGACGUUAUCACCAGGCUGUUAUGUAAACACUGCAUUUUCUCUGAAAAAACAGUGUUUACAGAAAAAAGCCUGAAGGUAAUAAUUCUACUCACCAGAACAAAUUCAAUAAGCUGUAGUUGUUCUGGUGACUACAGUGUCCCUUUAAUGAAAAAGCACUGCAUUGAUUAUUUGUGGUCCCAAUAAAUACUUUUAAUAAAUUAAAUAUAAAAUAGUUGUCCAAAACAAUAAAGACUAGAUUCAAAAAUAUUCUUGCUAUUUAACAAUGUACAGAUUUUGCAGAGAAUAAACCUGAAUAUGGCCUGCAUUUUAGCUGGACCGAAUGCUGAUAGACUGUUGAAGUUUCACUACUCUUGAGACUUACCUAGAGCUGUCAGUGGACAAAUAGUAUUAACAAUUAUUGUUCGCUUGCAUUAGGCCCCCUUUGAGUUUAAAAUUAGUACUCUGAACAUAUGCCAAAUCAUAUAUUUGCAGGAUCCAGAUGCGAAAAGCACAGAUUUUCAACCAGACUACGAAUGCACCUGGCUUAUUGGUGCAAAUGCAGUCUGGCUGAUCGAAUGAAGACCAGAGCUCUAGCAAAUAUGAGAACUGCCUUUCGAGCCAGAGAUUGCUUAUCCAGUCAAAAUCCGGUGUUCAUUCAUUUACCCUGCCAAUGGUAAGCUUGGAAUGUUUCUAGUUUUAGUGUUAGUGUGAGUGUGAGCUUUAUUUUCAAAGCCACAAGGCAGCAUAUAGAUGUUAGCAUUAGAAAGUUGAAAAAUAAUUAAUCUAAAGUAAAAUUAUUUUUGUAAUAAAUUUAAAUUAAUCCAUUUGCUGUCAAGUUCUGUUUCUUUAAAAUGUUAGCAUAUUUCUAAAUAUGGGUUCAAAAGUUGAUAUGAACCUAUAGGAUAAAACAGGAAUGUUGGUCUGACAUAUUAGAAGAGAAUCAAAAAAAAUUUUUUUGGGGCUUUAGCAGUUUGUGUGAAAAAUAGAUAAACAAAAAUCAUCAAACAGAAAUGCAAAUAUACAUACGUAGAUGGAGCGCUAAUUUAAAAGCUCUUUGGGGAUUAUAUUAUUCCCCAAAUUCCAGUUCACACAUAGAAAAUAGAAAAAUACAUAAAAUAGUGAAGUACUGUUAAAAUUCAACACUGUAUAAAGCUAAUAUGAAAUAAAAAUAGUAUGGAUUAAUGAGACAUUAAUAUACAGUGAGGGAAAAAAAGUAUUUGAUCCCUUGCUGAUUUUGAACAUUUGCCCACUGAUAAAGAAAUGAUCAGUCUAUAAUUUUCAUGAUUGGUGUAUUUUAACAGGGAGAGACAGAAUAAUAAAACAAAACAAAAAAUAAUCCAGAAAAUUGCAUGUAAAAAAGUUAUAAAUUGAUUUGCAUGUCAAUGAGUGAAAUAAGUAUCAGCAAGACUUCUGGCUCCCAGAUGUCUUUUAUAUAGGUAACAAGCAGAAAUCUUAAAGGGAGUGCUCCCAAUCUCAGCUUGUUACCUGUAUUAAAGACACCUGUCCACAGAAGCAAUCAAUCAGAUUCCAAACUUUCCACCAUGGCCAAGACCAAAGAGCUGUCCAAGGAUGUCAAGAUUGUAGACUUACACAAGGCUGGAAUGGGCUUCAAGACUAUCACCAAGCAGCAUGGUGAGAAGGUGACAACAGUUGGUGUGAUUAUUUGCAAAUGGAAGAAACACAAAACAACUGUCAGUCUCCCUCGGUCUGGUGCUUCAUGCAAUAUAUAAUCUUGUGGAGUUUCAAUGAUCAUGAGAAUGGUGAGGAAUCAACCCAGAACUACACAGGAGUAUCUUGUUAAUGAUCUCAAGGAAAUCCUGUGCUGCCCGCCAGGCCCCCCCUGCUCAAAAAAGCAACCGUAGCAUACUAAAUCAACACGCUACCUGCAAAGAUGCUCCCAUUGUCCUGAAUGAACUCUCAUACCCAGGCAGACUAUCUCCUUUGAAGAAGUGACUGUGAAUUGUCAUGAAAUGCGUAAGGCAUUUUCGGCAAUUGCCGUACAUCGAUCCAGCUACCGAGCAACCAUGGAACGCAAAUCGGGCACACUGAGUGGAAGGCACGGGAGAGGGGUUUCACUUCUCCCAACACAGUAAGAUCAUUUCACCGGCCGGAAAGAGUUCUUCCUCAGUUUGCUGACCAUCACCCGAUUUUCUUACCCGAUAAGGACUCAUUUGCUGGAAUACUACACUUCAAUUUUGUGAGUGUGUUCUGAUAUCAAUUUCAUUUUCAAUAAAUAUGAAGUUUUUAAAAUAAGCACUUUGAACUUUUUACUAAUAUUGCCGAUCAUCUAGAGAUCGUAUUACUAUAUACCUGUAUUGGUGGUAUCUGAGUAACUGUUAGUUUUUUGCUGCUAUCCGAGAUUCUACUGAUAUAUACCAACAUUGGUUAAAUUAUAUUCACAACUUGACACUUUAUUGCUACUGUUAUUUUAUUGAGCAGAAGCACACUGUGUGGGAUGUGAUAUUGAUACUGUUGCACUAAAAGAACUUUGUUUAUUAAAGACUUUAUCGGACAUUAUUUUACUUUUUCAUCAUUCUGGAUUUUAUUGGACUAUCAAGUUGUUUUGGAUAAUCUAUUCUUAUAUUUUUAUACUUUCAUUGCAGUCAAUCCUAAGGUUUUUUUCCCACUUUUUAUAUUUUAAGAGUUUUCGCUGUUUAGUAGAAGAUCCUCUCUAUACCAAAGAUCAUUUUAUGCAAGGCUGCCACCUAGUGAAUUUAUGUAUGUUACAACCAGUUUUUUAUAUUCCAAGUUUUUUAUAUUCUAAGAUAUUUUUGUGUAUUUUACUAUUUUAUUAAUUCAUGCAUUUACAGGUGGUUUCGAUAUUAUAUUUUAGAGUUUUCUAGUUCUGUCUAGAUUAACUAUUUGUAUCAUCCGGUAAGAGAUCUCCUGGUACGUGUAGGCUUUUUUACCUACUAUAAUUCAUAGAUUCAUGUUGUGUUCAUACAGCGCAGCCCUUGCCCUCGCCAAACAGUCAUACUUUUCCUCUCUCAUUAGUUCAUGCUUGCAAGCGCACUGUUUUGGCGUCAUAUUGGAUUCUGGUCACACCUUUGAGCCUCACAUCCAGUAUGUUGCUAAAUCCUGUUGAUUCCAUCUUAAAAACAUAGCCCACAUCCACCACUUUCUUACGCAUGAUGUUACCAAGGAGCUUGUCCAUGUAAUUUCCCGCAUGGAUUAUUGCAACCCUCUCCUAAUUGGUCUUCCCAAAAGCCAUAUUGCCCCGCUACAGUCUGUAAUGAAUGCUGCCGCCAGACUGAUUUUCCUCUCUAGUCGGUCCUCUCACACCUCACCCCUCUGUCAGUCCUUACAUUGGCUUCCUGUAUCCUAUAGGAGUCAAUUCAAAGUGCUAACUAAUACUUAUAAAGUACUGAACAAUUCUAGCCUCUCUUAUAUCUCUUCACAGAUCCAUAGGUAUGCCCCUUCUCUGUCUCUCUGCUCUGCCUGUGACCUUCUACUGUCCGUUGCUCGCACCCAGAUGGCCAACUCACGCUUGUAGGACUUCUUGCGGGCGGCUCACUUCCUAUGGAAUUGCCUGCCUACCACCAUCAAACUCCCCCCUAGUCUUCAAUCAUUUAAGAAGUGCCUUAAAACCCAUCUCUUUAGGAAAGCUUAUGGCCUCCCAGAGUAAUCGCUACCUUACAUACCUGUCUCUUGCUCUUUCCUAAAGGGCAGCACUUGACUCUCUACUCAAGCUCUGCUUCACUCCCACCUUAUUUGAUUGCUAUUUCCUGUCCUAAUGUGUUUUAUACUCCACCUCCUAUAGACUGUAAACUCGUUUGAGCAGGGUCCUCUUCAACCUAUCGUUUCUGUAAGUUUUCUUGUAAUUGUCCUAGUUAUAGUUAAAUCCCCCCUCUCGUAAUAUUGUAAAGUGCUACAAUUUUACAUACCUACAUAUGCUUUUACUAUAUUGAUACAAUAAAGAAUAUACUUACCUGAUAUCCUGGUCGCAAGUGUAACCUAUGGAUCCCAUGUGCUCUAGGGGUUGAUCCUCCCUGAGCGCUAUAGCCACAAAUGGUGCUUUUACCACUCCUAUCUUGUGAGUGAGAUAUUUAAAGAACCUACUAUUUUAAGUUAUACAUUUUAAAUUGUGCUGCAGUAGGAGUUCUCCCUUUUUUGUCUCCCUCUCAGAUAUCAGGAUGACUACUCUGUAAGUAUUUACACAUGUUACUAGGUUGGUCACACAUAUUACCAUUGCACCAAUCAUUUUUAUUAUUAAUACACGUAAUAUGCACCUAGAUUGGGGACAUGUGUGCUGACUGUUAAUUGCAUUAUAUACUGUAUAGAGCAAGCAUGUCAAACUCGCGGCCCGUGGCCUGAAUGCGGCCCACGAUAAAUAUAUUUGAGGCCCACGAGCCACGAGUUUGCCAAGAUGACUAAAGCAGAGUAGGCACCUGCUCUCCUUACAUUGCAGGUGCCUACUCUGCUCAAAUUUACCCGGUACCGGCCGGAGGAGAAGUCCCUGGUGGCAGCAAGGGAGCUUAGGCUUCCUGCUCCUCACUGCUCCCUCGCGCGCACCCUCUGUACUGAUGCCGGGUGCCGGAAUAUGACCAGUAGUGUAUCUUGGUUUUGUGCUGCCCUGGGCGAGACUAAACUCGGGCACCCCUCUAAUCAGUAAAAAUCUACAGACAUAGCGUCAAUAAAAAUAGCGUUAGUGAAACUCAACAGACGUAGCGUCAGUGAAAAUCAACAGACAUAGCAUGUCUGUCUGUCCUGACUAAAUUUGAGCAGGACAGGGGGUGCUUAUGGGGGCAAUCAGGGAAGAACCUAUUGUGACUUUUGAGGACAGUCAAUUUAGUCUUAUAAAAAAAAAGUAGUAAUAAUAAAAAAUUAAUAAAAUAAAUUAUAUAAUAAUUAUACAUUCAAUUUUAUUAUAAUUAUAUUAUAAUAAAAUUAAUCAUAAUAAAAAUAUAAUAAAGAAAAAAAAUUGCAUUACUACAAAAUACUUUUUUGUAUAAAUUACAAGUUUUGGGAAUAAGGGGUUUGUUCCUUAAACAGUGCCAAAAAAAAAUAUAUGGGGGAUUUAUUGUUGUUAAAAUAAAAAAAAGACAUUCAUAUGUUAAAUUUAAAUCAUUCACCCACUCUGCAGAGUUCAAAACAGAAACACACAGACUGCAGCUUUUCCCAGUUUCUCCCUGUCACAGCUCAGCGGAGCUUCAGUAUGCAGACAGCAUGUCUCCACUCCUCCUCCACACACCGCUCCUGCUGCGCGGCUAAAAUGGAUGGAGGCUCUGAAGGGUGCAUGCUGCUUCUCGUGGGUCAGUUUGCUCUCUGCUCUCCAUGGCAACAGACAUUAAUCAGGAAGCAGGGAUAGAGCAGAGCAGAGAGAGUGAGAAGGGGGCGUCGGAUUGAACAGUUUUUUUUUUUUUUUUUUUAGUCUAAACAUAUCUCUCACUAGGCAAACAAGGCAUUUUGCCACCCCGUUGGCAAAUACCUUGUUUGCCUCGUGAUAGAUACACCCCUGUAUAUGACGUCAUAUUCCGGCACCCAGCAUCACUAAACUGCACGCGAAAGGGAGCAGUGAAGAGCAGGAAGACUGAGAAGAGACCCCACACCAACUCCCAAAGGUAGGGAGCAAUAAAUCAAAUCAAAAUGUUAGUGUGUGAAAUAAUGUGGAAAUGUGUGCGUGUGUGUGUCUGUCAGUUUGUGUGUGUCUGUCAGUGAGUGUGUGUCUGUCAGUGAGUGUGUGCCUGCAGUGGCGUACACACAACCCAUGGUGCCCCGGUGCGAAAACUGAUCCGUGGGCCCCCCCCUGCACUUGCUCUGUGUGGACUGGGGCCGCAACACAUGGCGGAGGGCACCUGCGACCGCGGUAUGUACGCCAGUGCAUGCAGAUACACAUACACUUAAAGGACCACUACAGACACCCAGAUCACGUCAGCUCAAUGACGUGAUCUUGGUGCCAGGUCCCUCAAGUUUUAACCCUGUAGCUGAAAACAUAGCAGUUUCAGAGAGAGUGCUCCCUCGCGCGCUCGCCAGCAUGAUAGGCAGCCCGCCUGCCCGGUGACACCAGGGCCAGCCUCAGGGGGCCAUGAGGUGGCCGGCUCCUGGGCCCCCCAGGAAAAGAGGCUGGCCACAGUGGGUACAUACCGGGUCGCAGGGCAGCUGUGACCCCUGCGACCCCGGUAUGUACGCCACUGUGUGCCUAUCUGUCAGAGAGUGCGAGUGUGUUUGUCUGUCAGAGAGUGUGUGUGUGUGUCUGUCUGUCAGAGAAUGUGUAUGUCUGUUUGUCAGAGAGUGUGUGUAUGUGUCUGUCAGAGAGUGUGUGUGUUUUUCAGUGUGUGUGUGUCUGUCUGUCAGUGUGUGUUGGUAAGUGUUGUGAUUGAUGUUGUAAAGUCGCUUCUUCCCUUUUUGUUAAAUUAAAGGGGCAUGAUCCACUUUUUAUUUUUUUAGCAAUAGAUUGGAAAGCCUGAUCAACCAUAUGUUCAAAAGUUUCUAGGAAGGGGCCCUUACUUUGAGCUGGAAAAAAAUGAGAUUUAGGUUGAAACCUAUAGUCUUCCCUUUCAGAUACAGUAUCUAUUUCCCUCUCAGUUGUAGAUGAAUGUAGGAGGACUUUGGGACUAGCCCUAUAUAUAGAGAUUCUGUUAAGGGGAAAGUAGGAUGUUAUUUUACAAUCUAUGAUAUUGUCUGUGAUUUUUUAUUGUGCGGUCCCUGAUGAAGUUCUAGUUUUGAACGAAACGCAUUGGACCUAUUGCUGCACUUUUUAACCUUCAUUCUUAUGGUGCUUGUUCACCUUUUAAGAAAAUAAAAGUAUUGCUUUUUUACUGCUACUUACCUGGAGUCCCGUGUUCCAUUGGUCGCUUUACAUCGGAAAGGGGACCCACUAGCCCCCCAUGCUAUAUGGGGAGGCACCCUAUGAAUGCUCUUCUAUUUUCAUCAUCUUGUGAGUGCAUCCAUUUAAGCGCACUAUUCAUUGUAUUUAUUGUAUUACACUAUUGUGUUUUUUUCCUCUAUAUGUUCCCUCUAUAGAUUGUACAGCCGUAUCCCACCCCUUAAACUUAAACCUUGUUCAUGCUUUUUCUGAGCUUAUUAAUUAAAUUGGGAGGUAUCGCAAAUUUACAAGGAAAUUGCUAGUAUUAGUUAUUUUUUUUUAUUUAUUACUGGCAUUUAUAAAGCAACAACAUAUUCCGCAGCGCUGUACAGUUGGGAAAGACAACACAAUAAGUACAGACCGAUUGGCUGUGAUUCCAAACAGCUGGAAAAGCAUGCUAAAUAGUUAGAAAGAACGAGGGUGGGUGGAAGGAGCCGAGUAAAAUUAAAAGGCCUUUAUUCAAAGAUGGAUGAUGAUUUGGGCUGACAGCUGCAGUUUUCAAAGUAAAAGACCUUAAUGCAGGGAUGUAUGAUGACUUGGGGCUUAGGAAGAGAGAUAAAACAGUUACUUAAAAGUAAUUUACAGCUCGGAGUGGCAAGCAGGGGGGUCUGGGGGUGGAUCAGGGGGAAUGGAGCAGGCUAGCCAUUUGCUAUAAACAAAUAAGUAUUUGCCAACCAAAUUUUUAACAGCCAGAUUAUUAGGACAAAGUAGUAAUGCUUGAGAAUUUAAUGUACAUCUGUGUCCUAAGUCCCAUAUUUAUAUGUUUUUUACCACACAAUUCUUAUAUUUUUCCCAUUUCAGUUUUUUUUCUCACCUGAAUAUCCACUGUCAGUCACUAAUUUUGGGUGAUCAGUGUGGUAUAAUGUAGAGGCCUUUGACAUUUUGCUGGGGCAGAAGGAAUUAUACUAGCACAAGGAAGGUAGUUUUUACUUCUAUGUACUACUUUUGAAAUUUGGAACGUCUUGUUUUCUCACAAUGCUUAUUACUUGUCAGUAGUAAUGUUGUCUUCCCAAUGCCUCUAUUUCAGUCUUUCUCUUACUUUUUCCAUGGCAAGUCUUGAUAAUGCAUUUAUCGUGUGGAACAUGGUAAACAAACAAAAUAUGCAUGCUCAAAAUAGAUUUUAGCACAAGUUAUUGAUUAUUUUUAUCUUAACUUCUGAAAUAGUUCAUACUAGUUGAAACCUCUUCCUAAGACCAUAAACAAGUAUAAUUACGAUAAAAUUAAAUGAAAUUUUGAUAACAAAUAAUGUGUAGUAGUAAGUUUCAAAAAUCUAAUUUAUCUAGGCCAAAAAUACACAUUGACAAAAUGCGUUUUGCUAAAUUAGCAUUUUUACUUAGGAAUAAAGGGAGUUUAUUUCAAAACUGGAAUUGAAUCAAGCAUGAUAUUGGAACAGGAGAACUUGGUAGAAAUAGACAGAUACUCCUAAAGCUAAAAAAUAGUAACAGCCAAAAAUCUUUGGAAGUCCCCCAUGGGUUUGAUGGCAGACAGGGACGAGUAGAGAGCAAGGCCUGUGGGGGAGAGGGGUGAGACACAUGGAGUGGGAUGAGAAACAUGCAGGGGCUGAGGGAGCCUCAGACAAAUGGAGGGUCUGGUGGGAAUGACACACAUGGAGGGGCUACAGGAGGAAUGAGAAACAUGGAGGUUCUGGUGGGUAUGAGACACAUUGAGGGCCUGGAGGGAUGAGACACAUUGAAGAUCUGGCAGAUGGAAUGAGAAACAUAUAAGUGCAAUGAAACACAUGGAGGGGCUGGGGGAAAUGAGACACAUAGAGCUGCUGUGGAGGAAUAAGAGGGCCCAGGGGGAGUGAGAAAUAUGUAGGGACUCAAGGGAUGAUACAUAUGGAGUGGUUGGGGAGAAAUGAGACACAUGGAGGUGCUGGAGGGGGAAGAGACACAUGGAGAGGCUGGGGAGAGAAAUUAGACACAUGGAAGGGUUGGGGAUUGAAUGAGAAACAUGGAGGGCAAAUGAGAUACAUGGAGGGGCUGGAGGUAAAUGAGACACAUGGAGGGGUGGGGGGAUUGGACACAUGGAGGGCCUAAGGGAAGGAGACACACAAAAGGGGCUUGGGGGGUGAAAGAGAAACACAGAGGGGCUGAAGGGGAGAAAGAGACACAGAGUGACUGAGGGGGAGAAAUUAACACAGAUGGUGGGUUGAAAAAAGAAACACACAAGGGGUUGGGAAGGAGCAAGAGACAUGGCAGGACUAAGGGAAAAAGAGACACAGAGGGGCAGGGGAAGAAAGGGACACACAGAGCGGCUGGGGAAAAAAAGAAACAGAUGGGCUGGGGGAGAAAGACACUCAAAGGGGUUGGGGAGAAUGAGACACAAAGAUGGGCUGGGGGAGAAAGAGACACAGAGGGGGCUGAGAAAGGGAAGAAUGAGACACAGAAAAGAGGCUUUGAGGAAAGAGACACAUAAAGGAAAUAAAAGAAAAACAAAGGGGGGUUGUAAGAGAAACACAAGGAGGGAUUGUAAGACAUACAAAAGGGAAAAGUGAGGAAUAAGAUGCACUAAAGCAGGUAAGACAAUCAAAAGAGAGAAUAAGAAACACAAAAGGGGGCAACAAAUUCAAGAGGGAGGUUAAGAAAAACAGAGGUGAAGAUGCAUUUAUGUCUUGCAUAGGGAGGGGGGAUGCACCUUUACCACUGUUCCCUCUAAGGUGUACGCUUGUGGACGUGCACACCCAUUUUUGAGGGAGUGCACAUGAGGUCUUGAUUUGUGCACAGAACCUCGCAGAGUCCACCAGAAGGUGGGGGCGGUGAAAAGAGCUGGCCACUGACCAGUCUUGCAUAGGGAGGGGGGAAUGCACUUGGUACCUCUAAGGUGUAUGCUUGUGGACGUGCACACCUAUUUUUGAGGGAGUGCACAUGAGGUCUUGAUUUGUGCACAGAACCUCGCAGAGUCCACCAGAAGGUGGGGGCAGUGAAAAGAGAUGGCCACUGACCCGUCACAGGGGGCUUAGGAGGUGACCACCUGGCGAGGGAAUGCUGAUGUGUUUACACUUCCUCUGUGCUCCCUUGUGCGCCCUCUGUAGUGAUGCCGACAGCCAGAAUAUGACGUCACUACAGAGGGCAAGCAAGGGAGCAAAAAGGAAAUGAAAUUUCCCACUAGACCCCAGGAAAGAAAUCCCCACUGGACCCCAGAGAGAAAAUUCCCACUAGACCCCAGGGCGAAGAACCCCACUGUAUCCCAGAGAGAAAAUCCCCACUGGACAUAAGGGAGAAGAUCUUCCGACCCAAUUGAGAAGAUCUCCUAAAGGUUGGGAGGCUGGAUGGGCCUAAAAAAAUAAGAUAAAACAACAAGAAAUAAAAUGUAUUUGUGAGUGUGUGUGCAAGAAUGUGUAAAUAUGUAAGUGUGUUUGUCAGUAUGUGUGUGUGUGUGUGUGUGUCUGCAUGUGAGUGCCUGUCAGUGUGUGUCUGUCAGUGUGAGUAUGUGUUUCAAAGCAGUGAGAUUUUGUAUCUGACAUUGAAAGUGUGUGUCAGUGUUUCUGUCAGUGUGUGUGUAUGUCAUUGUGUGUUUCAAAUCAGUGAGAUUGUGUCUGUCAUUGAGAGUGUGUGUCAGUGUGUCUGUCAGUGAGUGUUUCUGUCAGUAAGUGUCCGUCAAUGUGUGUGUGUCUGUCAGUGUGUGUGUUUCAAAUCAGUGUGUGUCUGUCACUGAUAGUGAGCCUCUGUGUGACAUAUACGUUAAGAAACUUUAAUGUAUAUCACCAUUUAUUGGGCAAAGAGUUCCUUCUGAAAAAUCUAUGGGUGACAUUUCUCCAUAUAAUGUUUGCUAUUGGUGUCUGUUGAAUUUGGUUGUUUGUUUCUCCACUGCGCUUUGGACAUAUCAUAUUGUAUCAAGGUUAUUUUUUUGUUUUUAAGAAGUAUUAAUGUAUAUCUUACUAUUUAUUGGGCAAAGAGCUCCUUUUGUAAAUUCAAUGGGUGACAUGACAUUCCUCCUCCUCUUAUAUAAUGUUUGCUAGAAUUGAAUCAGCUGAAUUAGAUUUUUGUGCAACUCAGGUCUUGAAGAGUUGAUUGACAGAUGGAAGAAGUUCCUGUAACGGACCUUUUUGCACAUAAGGGGUAAAAAACGUUUAGGCGAUCGUCCCCCUUUCCAGAGAUGCAGGCACAGCUAUUGUAGAACACCAAACUCAUGAACCGCCAAUAAGGGAAUGCUCCAAACUCCCGAACGGCAUCCAAUAUAGCACUCCAAACACACAAACUGGAACCAUACGAAUCACUGCUAGCAGACGAAUAGGAAAAGCAUCCAAGCGGCUUACACUCCUAGCAAUCAGUCUCUAUCAGCAUUCAGUAAAUCCCCCCAAAGACGAGACAAGGCUCCGUGUUGAGGGUCAAGCAGUGGUCUGUUUAAUGAGUGCUACCUGCCCAGUAUUUAUGCACGUCUCCCACCUGGUAGACACUCCCCUAGGGGACCAAAUGGGAGACUGUGACAAAAGACAGAAAAUCAGCGAAACAGGACACACAGUCACAUUAUAUUCCCACAAUGCAUCCUGGCUUCCUCCCCUCUGCCUUGGAGAUAAUUGAGAAGUAAUUCAGUUAUCUCCCAAGACAAAGGCAAAUCGCCAUAUGCACGUGGGGAUACUAACACACGAAUUACUAUUAAAAUACACUGUGUGAGACACAUAACAUUAAAAGCAUACAUUUAACAUAUCCCCAGAUAGCUCAGGUCUGAGCGCACAUUAUUAAGUGAAUGGCGCUCAGACCACACGAAUACAGUUUAAUUACCAUGGAGCCAAAGACUUUACACAGUCAGUUUCAUGCGAAUGAGCUCCAUGGGAUUCCUAUCUGGGGUAUAACACAUUCAAGCAAAACUACUGAACACCAGGCCGUUUGUGCACUUUCUCCAAACAAGAAGGGAGGUCGGCGGCUUCAGCGGUGUUCGCGCAAAACUGUUUCCGAUUUCAGUUCCAUGAAUAACGCGAACACCGCUGUGCAUUCGCAUGUUUAAAAUGGCCGCGACCUCGUGUUAGUUAUAUGAAUGGCGGCCUCGCAGCAUUGAAUCUACCGAACACCAGGCAGAAAAGAACGAAUAAAUCUUUUCUGCGGGUAAAAAAUAUUUCUUUUAACAUGGGGCCAUAGUCUAAAGGCAACAGGAGAGCAACCAGGCUUCUCCAAUGCAAUGUGGCGAGAUUGCUCUCGUCACAGUUCCUUUUAUAAGUAGGUUUUUCUUCCAAUAUAUACAUUUUGCUAGCAAUCCUUCUAACACAAUGUACAGAUGGAAGUUGUAAUUGAUGGGAUUCUAACAGAUAUAUAUAUAUAUAUAUAUGUAUAUAUAUAUAUAUAUACACAUGUAUAGUAAAACAUACAAAUAGGUACAAACAAAAUUGGCUUGUACUUCAUAUGGUAUUCAUGUAUUGUAUAUUUGAUCAUGUGUGGUUUUUAUGCUAUUUAUCUUUGGUUUAUAUGCUAUUUAAGUGUUCUGAUCUUGGGCGGUGUUUCCGCCCUGUUCUUUUAAAUUUUGUCCUCUAUAGGUUCCGGUAACUCUGUGUGAUAUGGGUGCGUUCGGUGUGCGUGCGCAUGUUGGUUCUGCGCAUGCGCAUUGAAUGCGCAUCUCAUUCCGCCGGAAAUGACGCCACAGUUGGAACGCAGGAACAAGACCCGGCUAGAUGCGUUCCAUUAUUGAAACGCACGCUACAUUCACGUGCCAGAUACCGGAGUUUUUCCAAUUAAAGACAAUCAUUGACAUUUUCCUAUAUAUACCCAGGAGGAUCAUAACAUUUACAUCCCUGAGGAAGUCCCCUUUUGCUGGACGAAACGCGUUGGACUUUUAUAUGCUGCUAUAUUUAUUUCAGUGUAUUUAUUUUAUUUUAUUUUACUUGCUCCAUUGGAUCUACAUUGUUUGGAAGUUCCAUAUCAUAUGGAGAUAUGCCUGAUACAUUUCUUCACUUGUAAGUGAGACCAAUAAAGAUAUGUUGUAAUUUUAUUACAUACUUCACUAUAUUUGAUUCUUUUAUUUUUACAUAUGUUCCACGGAGGACCUGUUUCACCAUACUACUACCCCUGGGAGGAUGAGGAGCCUAAAUUCAUGUUUGUUUGUGAGUGUAUUUAUUUGCAUUAACAUAUCACUCACUUAUUUAUACUGUAUUACGCUAUAUCAGCUUUUUAAUUUUUAUACAGAUUCACGACCUACAAUUCAGGUUAUUUGCAAAUCUUUUAUAUUACCACAUAUUGGGAGGUGUUUCUAUUUUGUCUUUUAUACAAAUAGGUACGAAUGCAAAUGCAAAGGAUCAGAGUAUAAAUUCCCAAGGUAAAAUCCCAAGGUAUAAACAAAACAGAUGAAUAAUAAUAUGACCUUGUUUUGUGAGAGCGUAGUCUGUGGUGUCUAUAAGAGAUACAAACUGAACAUAGUGUGAUCAGUGUAUACUGAAGUAAAGACACGCAAUAGUUAUAAGGAAAACUCACAAAAGGUUAGGGGAUAUCAGGCACAACAUCCUUAAUCAGGUGUGGAAUGGAGUCUUCAAUAUAGUAGAAUCUUCUUACAAUUUAAGGUAAAAGGAGAUCAGAAAAUAGUGCAGACAGAAAUAAAAACAUAAGACAUUUAUUGCAAUUGCACUUACAAGAUCACAAGAAAAAAAGAGGCAUGUCUCCACAUCAAAGGUGGACCUGGCAAAAUGAAACAAAGUAAGUCCCCAGCGUCUGUAUCCCACGUGUUUCGUCCUGUGGACUUCUUCAGGGAUAAUCCUCCUCUGUACACAUUCUCCAUUUAAAUACCCCACUUGAAUUAAGGGAACAAGUUUCAGCUGAUGUAUCUUCGCAUCGCGUGCCUGUCACGCUGAGACACAUAUGUAUUCCGGAUUGUUUCGGACAUCACUUCUUUUUCCUGUUUUUCGGCUUUCACAUGUGUUUCAAGCUGGAACGCAUACAUAUGCGUCCAGCAUAUAACAGAGAGUGUAAAUGUAGGAGAGACCACAAAAACUAAAUGAAGUAAAAAGGGUACCUAUUAAUGAUCUGGAGAGAUUCCUCUAACAAAUCAACAAAGUGUUCUGUGUUGUUAGGCGCUUAGAUGGAAGCCAAGGUGCUCUUAAAUAUAGCAACUCUCACACAAAAAUAGGAACUCCCCAAUCCUAUUAUAUUACAAUGUAAAAGAAAACACUAUUUACACAACCAAAUGCCAAUAGUGAGAGUGUGUAGCGCUAGGAGAUAAUCACUUACUCCCCAAGAGUAUAUGGGGUCGUAGAGAGCACGUAGAUAACUGUGGAAAAAAUAGAGAAAUAUAUAGUGUAUUCCAAUAUCCAAAUGGGAAUGUACACCUUUUAAUUAGAAGCACUCACGUGGUUUAGAGCCUAUUAGGGAUUGGCUCUAAUCACUUUCACUGUUGUGUACUUUAGGUGACACACACCCUUUGGAUCCAAAUUCAAUGUAUUCCUCAGAGAUAAAGAGAUAAAGGUAAAAAGACAGGGAAGCGCACCUUGGUGUUUAAAUCCUUAAUACAAUAGGUUAUAGUGAUAUAAAUAAAGGUUGCUUCUCACCUUGGUAGGAGCCUAUGACCUGGCUCUGAGUGUAUAGGUUUAUGAGUCCUUAUUGGGAAUGACUCUCCCUCUUUGAGCAGGAUAGAUGAUGCACCAGAUGUUGUAAUCCAAUAAAAAAUUAUAUUUAUUACAUUAACAAAUUAAAAUCAAUUUAUACAUACAAAAUGCUGGUGUGGUCGCCCAAAAUGUGUUUUUCGCAGAUUCCGUUCGGCUUCCUCAAUUGGUAGUGUCCAUCCUGCUUCUUUACAAUUAUAUUUCCCUGCUCUAAGCCGGAUAGGUUGUAGGAGAUCGUGAUAUGGCCAAUCACGAGCACUCCUGUGAAGGGGAGUAUAUUUUCCCAGCUGUUGGUAGUCUAUCCCAUAUUCGUGACAUACAAUCGUACGCGUGACGUCACUUCCGGGAACCUGGGAGAUGAGUAUUCGCCCCACUGUCUUCUUGUUAUCAGUCCCUUUCAGUUUCCCACAGUGGGUCGGGUUCUCCUGACGUCACUUCCACCGUCUGUAAUUUCCGUUUUCUAUUCUUAUAGUAGAAUCUUCAAUAGCCAUUCGGUUAGUUGUUUCAUUGGAGUCCAGUUGUUAAUGGAACUUCCCCAAAUCCUGGAAUCUCCCGCGACUGUACACUUACGACUUAGUAUAAACAACAGAUAACCUAUUCAGACUUUAAGAUGCCAUCUUGAACUAAGUCAGGAAAAUUUCCAUGACGUAUACACCCUUUAGUUAUGGCCUUGUAUGUUUGCCAAAUUAAGGGAGGUCCUAAAUUGAAUAAAGUAAAAGAAGUGUUACUUUUUCAUAUUUGAACUACAGUAACCUAAAAUGGAGACACCUAAGGUAUAAAUAGGUGUACUUUUAAAUGUUAAGACACAGAGGAGAGACUUGGAGACAGACGCUGCUCCAUCUUAAAAUGACAGAGAGGCUGACAUGAUGACAUGUUCAGAAGGGUAUGUUAAUCUAUUAAUGAUAUUUGCAAGCAUGUAAUGUAAUCUUAUAAACUCUGCUAUAAUGGAUUUUAUAUUUUUAUAUAAUAAAUAUCCAAAAAGACAAUCUUGCUUCCAAGACAAUCCUUAUUUUAUAUUGUAUUCUCAAUUAUUUAUAUAUGUUAAAUAGAGGAUCUCUUACACUAUAUAAAAUUAUGGCUAAGAUAUCUGUAUGGUUAGCCCUACUAAGUUCUAUGCUUUAAGACAUUAUAGUGGUAAAUAAGGGAACCACACACGGUUACACAGUCCUCCAUUUUAUUUAUGGGCAAAGUAUUGGCAAUAAUAUGUCCAUAAUGCAAGUGGUUUUUUAUUUAUUUAUCACCAAAGCAGUGUGCUCAACAGUAGAGCAUUGAAAGACAAAAAGUGACAAUGUGCAAUAAUUAAUAUAGGCAUUAAGUUAGAGUUAUAUAACUAAAAAUUCAAACAUAUAUAUAUAUAUAUAUAUAUGUAUAUAAAUAUACAUAUAUAUAUAUAUAUAUACACAUAUAUAUAUGUAUAUAUAUAUAUAUAUAUAUAUAUAUAUUAACCUCAAUUGGUCCAUUAUUUCAAAGCUAAUGUGUGGUACUCAUGAUGAAUUGAUGGGCAACUAAUCCACAAAAUUAAAGUGGUUUAGUGUUGAUUAAAAAUACUAAUUUUUUUUAUAAAAGUUAUUAAAUAUAUGUAUAUAAAAAUCAAUUAAAAAACAUAUAUAUAAAAUUAUUUUAAUAAUUUAUAAAAUUUAUUAAAUAUAUGUAUGCAGAAAAUCAAUUAAAAAACGUAUAUAUAAUAUUAUUUUAAUAAAGUUAUAUAUGUGUUUUAAUUGAUUUUUUAUAUACAUAUAUUUAAUAAAUGUAAUAAACAAUUUACAUCUAUAUCCACAGACAAUGACCCAACCUAAUUAAUAACAAUAAAUCAAUUACAACAUAACACAUAACACCAAAGGCGUCAUUUUCCAACUGUUUCAAUUAUAUAGGGGUAUUUCGCAAUAUCCCUAAAGAUCCAUCCUUGCCGACCACUGGGGAGCUCUGAGCAGCUGCUCACCUGCCAGCCGCCUCAGUCAUUGCAUCCCCUCUGUGAUAUGUGGCCACUGCCUCUCCAGAACUCCCACACCGUUCUUUGCUGCAGGCCUCUGCUCCAUCCACAGGAUCUGCAGCAGAUGGCUCCUCCUCUGCUGACAACUGGGGACAGUGCUGGAGCUCAGACCUUGCGCAACCUGGUCUGCCACAUAAACCUGUGCACCUGCACCACAGAAGAUGAAAAGGAGGCUCCCAGGCAGUCCUGCAACUCCUAGACAGCUGCCCUGACACCUUCCAACAGGGGCUCCACACCACAAUCAACCGACGUGGGAUCUAUCUGAAAAACAAAAACAAGAGAAACCACACAAACCUGGGACAACCACAUGUAUGUGUGAUUUACAUGGCUCCUAACUUAAGAUGUCCACUUUUUAUAUUAAACUAGAAACCACUGUAUCCUAAAUCAAUUAUAAGCAAGCUAUGUCAAGGCCCAUUCCCCUUAGCUUUGUGGGUUCACAGGGCUGCAGUCCCAUUACCAAACUUUUCUUAAUAUGUCAAGGCAGCUGAAUUACAAUAUUGAUUAUAUGCAAUUACAUAUCUGCUUAAAAUAAAGCGGCUCUGGGGAUGUGGCUUAGCCGAGAGAACGCGCUUAUGUGAAGCUCCGUCGGCUUGGGCAGAGAGGAGCAAAAAACAAACAGAACAAAGAGCAAGUCAGACCAUAAAACUUGCCUGCAGCCUUGCCAUGUCCCAGAGGCAAAAAGCUAAAGCGGCACAAGCGUACCAAGCAUCCUUCUUUCUGGCACGAACCUCCGUGGGGAACCACCACCAAGUGGGGAACCACCAUGGGGAACCACUAUCAAGAUGGCGGCUGCUCCCUGCCAGCUUCAACAUGUUCCUUCACUGAGGAGAGCCAUUAAACUACUACUGGCAUGAAGGCUAUGAUGGCUGAGUUAUCAGCCACACUGCCACUGCAAGCUACCAUUACCACCCAGCUGCAAACUCUGGCAACAGACCUUCAAAGGGAAAUUCAAGAUCUGGGCCAGAGAACAGCCCAUGUUGAAAAGAAGAUGGAUGAGUUCACUGUUGCACAUAAUAGCCUAGCAGACAAACUCCAAGAAUUGGAUGAGGUUCUGGAGGCACAAAAAAGCAAAAUAGCGGAUCUAAAAGACUGCUCAUGGAGGAACAACCUUUGCAUUAGGAGGAUCCCUGAGGAGGUAACCAACACGGACCUGCCUAGCUAGCUACUAGACCUCUUUCAAGCUGUCACACCAGAGAUCCACCUGGAUCAACUUAUUGUGGACAGGGCUCACCAACUCAGAUGCCCAAAACACCAACCUGCCACAGUAGCAAGAGGUGUGAUUGCCCACAUCCAAUUUCUUCCAUGUAAAGGAGCGUAUAUCCAAGGCCUCCCAGAGCCAUAUGGAAACAUCAAGGUCUUCGCUGAUUUCUCUGCGACAGCUCUGCAGUUCCGCAAGUCACUGACCAGGCUUUGGGAGAAGGACAUCUCCUACCACUGGGGCUAUCUGGCGAAGCUGCUCAUACUGCAACAAGGCGCUAUACACUCGGUUACAACCAUAGAAGACGGCAUACAAAAACUGUGCAACUGGGGCAUUCCACUACCGGAACUCCUGCCUGCUGUACCUUCGAAGAUUCCCUGACAUCGGAAUGGAUCCAGUCUUAACUCUCUCCAAAUCUCUGAAUGGAUAUCGUAUGCCAUAACCUAUCUAAUACUAAUUACUAUUAAAUUUAGACUGCUUCAUUUGGUUGUCCAAUUGAUUAAACUUUUUAGGCAGUUUAGAUGUGAUUAUCUGUUACUCAGAUUUGUUAAAAUGUAAAUCCCAAGCCCCUUUGUCUUCCCCAGUCUGUAAGGUUCAUAGUAUGCCUCUUGAGAUCAGAUAGAUGUGGCUAGAUCAUGACUUUGCCCUAUGUGAAUGUGCUGUGUUUUUCAAAUUGAUAAAAUACUGACAAGCACACUUACUGAUAGCUCUGAGGUUUGAUAGUAUCUCGAUAACCUUAGAGAGACAGACUGAUGUAUGAGUUUUUCAUAAUAAAAAAAAGAGGUUAUGCUGCUGUUUUAGUUUAAUAAUAGAGAACCUGUGCUACCCUUGAGGCUCUGUUCUGACACAUGUUGCAACACAAAUGCUCUCUCACCACCAAGGUUAAGUUUCCAUUGAUGGAGAUGACCACCACCACUACCAACCCACCAAUGUGCCUGGUGUCACCAUGGCACAGGACGGCUCAGGAUGGAUGAGCAUAUACCAGAUACUGGUUGUAUGUUAGUUUUGUAUUUUGCAUUUUUUUGUUUUUUUUGUACUAGGUUUCACUACCCUUUUCCCAUACUUGGGUACAGUGGGUUUGAAGUAACUUAGGCACAGAAAAUGCACACGCCUAAAUUACUUCAAUGGCAACCCGACAUUCCAUAAAUCUAUAUGAAACUAGUUACACUUAAUGUAAAGCGCCUCAACUCUCCGGGAAAAAGGAGGCUACUCCUUAGUGACCUGAAGAAAAAUGGGAUAGACAUAGCGUUAAUGAUGUCCCGAACGUUUUGCUGAACGGUUCGCCGCGGACGUUGAACAUAUGCGGUAAACUUUGACCCUGUACCUCACAGUCAGCAGACACAUUCCAGCCAGUCAGCAGCAGACCCUCCCUCCCAGACCCUUCCACCUUCUGGACAGCUCACUAAGAAUGCAGCUUCACAAUGAAUGUAAAAUGGAUGCUGUCCAGGAGGUGGGAGGGUCUGGGAGGGAGGGUCUGCUGCUGAUUGGCUGGAAUGUGUCUGCUGACUGUGAGGUACAGGGUCAAAGUUUACCGCAUAUGUUUGCCGUCCGCGGCGAACCAUUCAGCGAACUGUUCGGGACAUCACUACAUAGCGUGCAUCCAAGAGACAUGCACAGUCCAGAACACCUGCCGUUUAUAAUAACUAUUUUCCCAUUCAAUUUCAUGCCAUUUCUGAGAAUACAUCAAAAGGAGUAUCCAUCUUUAUACACAGAGACACUGCCUUUACGCUCCAGCAGCAAAUUAUAGACCCGCAGGGCAGAUAUGUUAUACUAGUGGGAUUGUUUAAUAAUGUGAAAUACAUGUUAGCCUCUGCAUAUUUUCCAAACUCAGACUCUAAACAUUUCCUUCAAUUUUUAUUGCGUAAAAUAGAUACAAUCAAAGAAGGGGGACUAAUUCUGUGUGGAGACUUUACUUUUGUAAGAUCAGUUUGAUUGGAGAUCAGAAUAUAUUAAGUAUUUGGGAUUAUCUGUCACUAAAAACCCUACUGCCCUGUAUUCCGCAAACUAUAUCUUGGUAUAGAAUGCAUGUCACCAACUUCUACAGAAAUGGUCAUGGUCACCCCUAUUCCUUUCUUGCAAGCUACGCUGAAAAAGGGUUGUCUGGCCCUACCCAAUACACUUACCUACUAUAGCGCUCCUGUUCUAACUGCGGUUAUACCUCCAAUAGUGGACAGUCCUUGCCCACAAUGGGAACUUUUAGAAAGGUCCCUCUUUCAACUCCACGAACUUAGUCAUGUUAUGUGGUUGCCCAAACAACACAGACCACUGUUGCAUCAACUCCCUGCUCAAACCCAACUAGUCCUACAUGUAUGGGACAAACUUAUAUCUAUUUUUAGUAGCACCUCAGGCAUCUCCUUAGCGACCCCAAUCAAAGCCUUGCAGUACUGUAUCCCUACGUUCAAUUCCAUGCCAUGGCAGAAAAGAGGAGUCACACACCUAUAACACCUUUUCCAGGGGACUGCCCUACCAGAUUAUCCCACGUUAGUGACCAAAUAUGCACUACCUACUACAUCUCAUUAUUCGUACAUUAAAUUGAAAUCGUAACUUGCUAGUAUUCAGAGGCAGGGUGCCCAGUUUAGUGUUUCCACGGACCAGAUAACUGUAUGGGAACAACUAUGUAUAAACAAGAAACUUCCAGUUGGUUGUAAACAGAUUUCCAUGUGUUAUAGAUCAAUAUUAGACUAUAUGCCUUUCUCAGCUUCCAAGUAUGCCAAAAAAUGGGAGGGUGAUCUCCAGUGCUCUACAUUGCCCAUACAAUGUGAUCAGAUGAUUUUGGCCUCAACAGGUCUGAUCAAAUCCUCCACACAUAGAGAGCCACAACAUAAAGUACUAUACAGGUGGUAUUUGGUACCCACCAGAUUACAUAUAAUAUACCCGGACACUCCUCCAACCUGCUGGUGAUGUGGUGACCAAGAAGGUUCCAUGUAUCAUAUAUGGUGGCAAUUUGCACCUAUCUAUGCAUUCUGGAAAAAAAUACACAAACUCAUAACGGGAGUAGUAGACUGUUCUCUGGGAUUUUUGCCUAUUACAUACCUUCUACUGCACCUCCCUCCCCACAUCCCUAAAUCAGAACAGAAAGUUAUACUGCAAACUAUCUAAACUGCACAACACCACAUAGCGAGAGCCUGGAAGUACGCCCACCCAACAAAAGUCCUCGAGAUAAUUAAAGAUCUGGAUACACAAAGUAUCUGCGAAUACUCCUUUAGAGUGACUUUCCCCCUUUGUCGAGCUUCACAGGAAACAAGGCAGAUUUGGGAGAAAUGGAGAUCUGGACCCCUAGGAUCUGUUAACAAGAUAAUGUAUUAAAACCAGCUAGUAUUUUUUCACUGCAGUAUGAUGUUCUCCUACCUAUGUCUGUUGUGUUUAAUACAGAGGACAGGCAUACAGAUUCCUGCUCAUGUACCGACUGACCUGUCUGUGGAAACACUGAAUAAAAGUGGGGUAUGUUUGACACAUCAGGGAGAGCAACACCACUAACUUGUAGUUAACCACCAUAACCACCAGUGGUACCUAUUUAUAAGUACUGUACCAUUUUGAGUCACCUGUCAUUGAGGAUAUUUAUUGUAUAAAUGUUAGUGACCCUAUCCCCCUCAAUUUCUUCUGUACCACCUGCCAUGUUGUUUUAUAUUGGAAAAACAAUAAAAACUUUUGAAAUAAUAAAAAGCUGCUCUUUUGUCUAUUGUAAAGCCUCAUGAAUGCGUUCUAUUACAUUUGAAAAAUAGUUUUCAAUUUUAAGUUAUAUUUUCCACCUCUGUAUCUGCACACUAUGCUGCUGCAAUGCAUUAUUGGACUGGUAUUUUGGGGGCUUUUCCAGGGCUGAUUUUAUUUCCCAAUCCAGCCAUACCCCACGUAUUUGACACUGAACCUACCUGCCGCAUGAUUGAUCUAGGAGCUCAGAACGGGCACUGUGCCUUGUAGAGUGGAGGGAGAGAUUUUGCAACAGAGUACCAGGUAAGCAGUGGGGCACAGUCACAGUGUUAAACUUAUAAAAAAAAAAUUAGGGUUGAAAGGGAACACUGCUUGUGGAAUUGAUAGCUGCUUUAGUGUGGGUGUAUAGGGGCAGUAUUGUGGGAAGAUAAGCGUUUUACUAUGAGGUUAUAGGGGCAGUCUUGUUGGGUGUAGUGUGUCUUGAUUGGAUGUUUGUGGUGUAGUGUGUGUAGAGGCCUGUAUGUGUGUGUGAAGUAGAUAGGCAGUUGCCAGUGCUGCCUCAUGGUAGCAUCAGCCCUGCUAUCCGGUAUGCCAGGAUCAGACACAUAUGUCUCUGAUGUUGGUGAGACAUCCUAUCUAAUUGGCACAAUGCCAGGUGCAGUAAACCUCCUGCACUCAUCAAGAUCCAGCCCAGCUGCUUAGGUUAAAAUAGGUAAAUGUUACCUUUAACCUGGAGUCAACACAAAAAAAUAGCUUUAAGUUAAUGAAACAAGACAAGAGCAAGGUCAGUGAUAAGGACUUUUAUCCAUACUAUACACAUACAUUUAUCAAAUUUAAUUUUCCAUUUGGUUUCUGGAAAAUAGGUUGAACUUGGCUCGACUUGAGAGGGAUUUAAGUAUAAAUACUAGCCAUGUCAAUGUAAAGUUGUAUUCUGGACCAGUCUACAUCAUGAAGUUUCUUCUGAUCUGUAUGCUCCUUGGAGCUGCUGGUGAGUGUCUUCUUGGGAGGUUGCCCUAACUACCUAGUCCAUGUAUAGUAAUGAGUCUGUUAUUUUAGUAAGGGGAAAAGCAUUGAUAUAUAUAUAUAUAUAUAUAUAUAUAUAAAUAUAUAUAUAUAUAUAUAAAACAAUAUAAUAAUAUAAGAAAUGACGAGAGCACCCUCUGGAUGAAAGAAUUCAGUGUAUUACUUUACAAGUAAUGACAAGCCUCCAUAGCAAGCCAGAAACCAACCUCAUGCUGAUAAGUUGCAUUAACAACGAAACAGCUGUCCAUGGGUGGUUAACUGGCUUUGCUCCUAUUCCUGAGUUGUGUUUCAAAGCUGUUUUAUACAGCAGACACAUACUCCAAGGAAUCCUUGUAUAAAGUGGAAUUAUGAGGCAAAAAUGUGGUUCUUUGUUGAGCUCAUUUGCAUACACCUACACAGAAUCCCUUGCAGUAGUGAGAGCACUGUUAAAUUGAGCUAUUCUGUGGGAAAAGCAAGUCUCGUGGCUUGACUGGUGUGUGCAUUUGUGUUUAGCUAUAUAUAUUACUUCUGCCUGCUAUUGCACUGUUUAAUUUCUGUUCUCUCACAGCUGCAUUUGAUGAUGAUAAAAUUGUUGGAGGCUACGCUUGUGCCAAGAACUCUGUCCCAUACAUUGUAUCCCUGAACUCUGGCUACCAUUUCUGUGGAGGUACUCUGAUUAACAGUCUGUGGGUAGUGUCUGCUGCUCACUGCUACAAGGCGUAAGUACAAUCAUUCAGUCUUAUACUUUGCAAUGACACAGGGGGCUCAUCUGGGGCUAAAAGGAUGUGACUACGGUACACUGUGGCUAAAUAACAAAAUUCUUCUUCUGAAUUCAUUCUCAAACAUAAUAAUUAUAUUACAUUGCGAAAUUGCUGCUACAUAAACUUGCGUUUCAAAAGUCAAUACAGAAAAAAACCUAUAUAUUUUAAAAGCAAAAGACCCAGACAUUAUCUUAAGAAAUGGGCAGCGAACCAAAAGUCCUCAUUAGCACGGACCCCAUCAAUCCUUUUUUUACUGACUAAACUACCAUUCUCCAUACAGGAGUGUUCAGGUCAGACUGGGAGAGCAUAACAUUGCCGUAAAUGAGGGCACUGAGCAGUUCAUCAGCUCUUCCAGGGUCAUCAGACAUGGUAGCUAUAACUCCUGGACCCUGGACAAUGACAUCAUGUUGAUCAAGCUGGCCUCUCCUGCCACCUUCAAUUCCUUUGUGAACUCUGUGGCUCUACCCUCUGGCUGUGCCGCCGCUGGUACUAGCUGUCUGAUUGCUGGAUGGGGAAAUACACUCAGCAGUGGAAGUAAGUCAAAAGUUAAUUUUCUUUUAAAUAACUACAUUUGAAACUUAGAUACAGUAAAUGUACUGUCACAAAGAGGUUAGGGUCUUAAUAAUGUGAAUUGGUAUGCUCUCAGCUGCUAAAUAGGUGGAUGACUUUAAUAACAGAUACAAGUCAAAAUCAAAUUCACCCUGACUACAUUAAAUGUGAAUAUUAACCCCUUAAGGACCAAACCGCUGGAAUAAAAGGGAAUCAUGACAUGUCACACAUGUCAUGUGUCCUUAAGGGGUUAAACUACUUAAUUAGUUCUUAGAAUAUCCUUUCACCUACCCCAUGCAUGUCUGCAUACCUUUACAGAAUUUGUUACCACCUCUGUUGGAAUGCAUCACCCCUUAACCUGUCAUCAUCCAACAGGAAGUCAUGAACAUUUUUUUCUGAUGUUACUCUUUCUUUGAAAAUACUUUCAGUCUUAACUUUAUUAAUUCAGUUAAUAUACUUGAAGGUUUCUUUCCUUUCACUCGUACCCCCCCCCCCCCACCCCCUCUUCAAUUCUCAAAGGCUUAGAGACUAAUUUAUACAUAAUUAGGCCAUCAAGUGAUACGUUUUAUAGUUUAAACUGUGCACUGAGUAGUAGCUUUAACACCUUCAAAAUUAUUUAUAUACUUCUAGAAAUAUAUGAUCUCCAGAACUUUACACAAUAUUCUACAUACGUUUAAUACGAAGAAUAUUCAGCAUGGAGAUGCUGAACAUUAUGUGCUGCACUUUGCAGCAUUGACCCAGGAAGCACCUCUAGUGGCUGCCUCUGAAAAAGGCAGUGUUUGCAACAAAAGCCUGCAGGGACAUGGUAUAGACACCAGAACAACUGCAUUAUGCUGUAGUUGUCCUGGUGACUAUAGUGUCCCUUUUAUGCCAGCAUUAAAUUGACUUAACAAAGCUUAUCAAAUCUAGUCCAAUGUGAUCCAGUUUUUAAAGAGGGUUAAUUUGGACAGCGUCAAAUACUAAGCUAAAAUGUAGAUGGGGUGCCUCUGCUACUUCAUCCUGGUCUAUCAAUUUAGUUACAUAGUCAGGGAAAACAUUCAGAUUAGUUUGACGUGAUCUUCCUGCAAAAAACAUGCUUUGCUGCCCCACUAAGUUUGUAUUCAUUUAAGAUAAUUACCUAGUCUUUCAAACAGUUUUCAUUCAUAUGUCUGCUCUCAUUACUUCUCUAUCUAAAAUGUAUACUAUUUUGUGGUUGUUAACCUCAUAACACCUUUACUCAUUAGUAAGUCAGUUAGUUAAGUGGAUAUCCCUUAAACUGUAAUCUUAAAGGCGCAUUACACGGUUUGCAGUGGAAACACGAUUUUACAGCAGACUGUUGCUCUGUGUUUUUUUAGAUCAGAUUUUCUUUAACCCCUUAAGGACUGGACUGUUUUUGCGAUGUUGUACAUUUGCGACCAGGCAUAUUUUUACACUUUUGUGGUGUUUGUGUUUGGCUGUAAUUUUCCGCUUUCUCAUUUACUGUUCCCAUACAAAUUAUAUAUUGUUUUUUCAGGACAAAAGGGGCUUUCUUUACAUACCAUUAUUUAUAUAAUCUCAUGUAUUUUAAUUUAAAAAAAAUACAAAAAUCUGAUGAAAAAUUGAAAAAAUACAUGUUUUUUUACUUUUACUUGAAAAAUCUUUUACUCAUCUACAAAAGCGAAUGAAAAAAACUGCUAAAUAGAUUCGAAAUUUUGUCCUGAGUUUAAAAAUACCCAGUGUUUACGUGCUUUUUUGCUUUUUUUUGCAUGUUAUAGGGCUAUAGGUACAAGUAGGAUAUUGCGGUUUCAAAACAUACAUUUUUUUAAUUUAUCAAUAGUGACAUUGUAACACUAUUAUCUGUCAUGAAUCUCUGAAUAACACCCCACAUGUACAUAUUUUUUUUAAAGUAGACAACCCAGGGUAUUCAAUAUGGGUUAUGUCCAGUCUUUUUUAGUAGCCACUUAGUCGAAAACACUGGCCAAAGUAAGCAUUCAUAUUUGUUUGUGUGUGAAAAAAGUAAAAAAACUAAAUUGAACGCUAAUUUUGGCCAGUGUUUGUGACCAAGUGGUUACUAAAAAAGACUGGACAUACCCCAUUUGCAAUACCUUGGGUUGUCUUCUUUUGCAAAUGGUAUGCCAUCAUGGGGGUAAUUCUCAUUCCUGGGCUACCAUACGCUCUCAAAGGCAACGUAACCAACCUGGCCAUUUUCAAUGUAAAAAUAUUUGACCCAUAUAUUUGACCUUGUAACUUUCAAAAAUGCUAUAAAACCUGUACAUGGGGGGUACUGUUUUACUCAGGAGACAUCGCUGAACACAAAUAUUAGUGUUUAAAAACUGGAAAACGUAUCACAACAAUUAUAUCAUCAGUAAAAGUGCUGUUUGUGUGUGAAAAAUGCAAAAAAAGUCACUUUCACUGACAAUAUCAUCGCUGUGAUAUGUUUUACUGUUUUGAAUCACUAAUAUUUGUGUUCAGCGAAGUCUCCCGAGUAAAACAGUACCCCCAUGUACAGGUUUUAGGGUGUCGUAGAACGUUACAGGGUAAAAUACAGUGCUAGCAAAUUAAAUUCUCUGGACUUUCGGCCUGGGUUGGCAGGCAGGUCCCUCAAAUUGCAAUCAAUAAAAUUACUUAAUUAUGUAAAAUAUUACAUAAAUACGCACGUAGAAUUUAAAUAUAUAUGCAUAUUUAUAUAUUUGAAGUCUACGUGUAUAUUUAUAUAAUUAUUUAUGUAAUUUUGUAUAUGGACAUAUGUAUAUUUCGUAUUAUUUUUAUUUAUUUAUAUAUACAUAGAUAUAUAUACAAAUUCAUUCUAAGUGUAUUUUGAUAUAAAUAUAUAUAUAUUUAUUAAUUUUAAAAUACAGUUAGAAUAAAAUUUCAUAUAGAUAUAUAAUUUUUUUACAUUUUUUAUUAUUAUUUAAAAAAAUUAUUUAAUUUAAAUUACUUAUUAUUUAUAUUUUAUAAUAAUAUAUAUAUACAAUAUAUAGUUAUUAUAUAUAUUAUAUAUACGUGUAUAAUUUAAUUAUAAGUGUAUUUUUAUAUUAAUAUAAGUACAUAUUAAUAUAAAAAUACACUUAGCAUGGCAUUAUAUAUAUCACAUAUAUAAUUUUUUUUUUUUUAUUAACACUAACUUCAUUUUUUUUUUAUUUUUUUUUACACUAGCAGGGAGACUGCCUGUCAGCACAGGCAGUCCCCCUGCAGGCAGACGCAUGGACACCUAUUGUGACCAUGUGAUCGCUCUGUUGAGCGAUCACAUGGCCACAGGGGUCCUAAUUCAGUGUGGGGAGACUGUCUGGGCUGCAGGCAGUCUCCCCACAACCGGAGCAACGCUGAUCGCCGCAGGUAAGUACUUCUGACCGUUAGGAUGGUUCAGGACCGUCAUCGGUCGGCAAGGCAAAAAUGCCGAUGACGGUCCUGAACCGUCCUCGGUCGUGAAGGGGUUAAUCUACUAAGCGUUAUUUGUAGCAAAUUACUCAUAGGAGCUUCAUAGAACUGUAACUGAAAGCUGUCCCUGUAAUGAAAAAGACAUAAAUACAAAAAUAAAACUAAACUUAUUGCAAUAUUAUGAUUGUAUAAAUGAAUAAUUAAAGAGAUUACAUUAAAGUCAUCAAUAAUACUUCUGAUAGGUAAUUAUAAGGUUUUAUUACAUGUAGUAUUGAUCUCACUGCGUGCUAUUGCACUGUUUCUAUUUUUAGACAGUUCACUUGAAUCUGCUAUUUGUUUUUUUUUUGCAGCCAAUUACCCUAAUGAUCUGCAGUGCCUGAAUGCCCCCAUUCUGACUGAUAGCCAGUGCAGUAAUGCCUACCCUGGAGAGAUCACCAGCAACAUGAUCUGUGUUGGAUACAUCGAAGGUGGCAAGGAUUCCUGCCAGGUAAGUUAUCCUGCUCUUUCUGGUAUUAUGAAACACUAUCUUUGGCUUACCCAAUUCUACUCAUGAUUAGCAAUUCUGAUUAAUAGUUUGAAAGUAGCUGCUACUUAGUAUUCAGAAUAAAUAGUCUUGACAAGCAAUGGGUUAUUGAUACAUUUUAUUUUUAUUCGGUGAGUAAUGAUACGUGAAGUUAAUAGGGGGAAUGGUAAAUAAAGUGAAUAAAAGCAUAUUGAGGGAAAACAUUACAUGUAUGACUAUGGGUUAGAAUUUUGUGUAAGUCAAUAAGAGCAUAAGAUUGACGAAUGAAAUGCCUGUCAAUCUAUGGACAAAUUAAUUGAUGCAUUUUAAUUUGCCUAGCCAAUUAAUUAAUUCAUCCAUAUAUUCACAUGUCUAGGAUUUGUGCAGUCUAGAUAUAACAUAUGAGAUUAUUAACGACAUAAAGUUUGCUUAAAGUACUGCACUAAGUGAUUAUAUUUUGAUACGUUUUUAUUAGUGUUUUAAUGUAACAUUCAACAGUGCACAGCAGCUUAAUCAAUAUUUUCACAUUUGCACUGAUAUACAUUGGAAUAUACUGAAGUGCCUUUUUUAUACCUUUUUCAUAUUUAUUGGAAUUCAAAAAGGAUUUAAAACUUUAGAUCACAAUAGCCAAUCUAGAAGUAUAGCUGGCAUGAAUAAAAUAUUAGAAUUUUUUUUUUUUAUAAUGGUUGAUUUUAAAGCAACGGAUGAAUAGCUAGCAUAUAUCAACAUAUACGCAAAGCAGCAAUUUUUGUGUAUAGAUUAUUUUUCAGACAAACUUUAAAAGUACUUAUAUUUUUUAUCCAAGUCCCUGGAGGGCUAAAGUAAUGCUAACAGUGAAAUGACAGAGCCCAUUCACUGCUCACCCACCCUGACUGUAGGAAUGAUGUGACCCAUUAAAACUCUCUUUACUGUUUGGAAAUAGGAGGUGGGCUUAUAUUUUCAGCAGGUAUUAAAUCAGUGACUAGUGGCUUUGGCAGAUAAAUCAGUUCCUUUACAGAUUAGUGAGCAUCCAUUGAGUAUAAAUGAGGGAGACUUUAUGGACUAAAUUUCGUUUUGAAAAAUACAUGAAAGUAAAAACAUUUAUACUCGAUUAUGGGAGUGAAGUCGUUAAUUGAUUUUACUAUGUGGUUCAGUUUACCUGUAUGAAUUUAAUCUGUGAAAAAUGGUUCUCCGCUGUUUGGUUGAUUAAUCAAAUAUGUACACAUUUACUUACUAAGGAAUUUGGCAAAACCUAUACAUCACCCAAUUUUGUUUUUCUAUGGAAGUCAUAUAGGCUCAUUCAGAGAAUAAAACAUGCUAGUAGUAUUAUUUAAUUUCAUAUAUUUUUUUUAUGAUUAUUUAAAUGUUUUCAUGUUUUCUUAAUUAUAGCUAAUUUUCAAACACAUAUUGAAUUGAUAAGUUUAGAUUUUAUCUACCAUAGGCUAUUAAAGUUAAAGUGUUUGAUACAAAAUUAACAUUUUCCAUCUGCCCUCAGGGUGACUCUGGUGGACCCGUGAUCUGUAAUGGUCAACUCCAGGGUGUUGUAUCCUGGGGAUAUGGCUGCGCUCAGAGGAACUACCCCGGAGUCUACACCAAGGUCUGCAACUUCAAUUCCUGGAUCCAGAGCACCGUUGCGGCUAAUUAA